UCUUCUUUUCUCUUGGUAUUUUAUAAUUAAAUUUUUAUAUUGUAGCUUGGGGUUCAUCUUCUAUAUUGUGUGAAGUAAGGCUUGGGGUAUUUUUUGCUAUGUGAUUAUUCAUUGAUUUGGAUGAUGAUGUUGAAAUGCCUGCUGAAAAUGAAGAGGUGAUAAGGUAAGGGGCUAUAUCUUGGCUAUUCAAGCACUUCAUCUGUAGCUUUGACAAACCACAAUGCCUGGUGGCUACACCUUUCUUGUGGUCAUCCCAAAACCCUGACCCUGGUGUUGUAGUGGCUUUGUCCUAGUGGGAUGAGGAGAUAAUGCUAUUUGCUUAUACUCAUGUCCCUUUUGCAUAAGCGGAGAUGAUGUCACCCACGGAUCUGGGUGACAAGGUGAGUUCUGAUGAUGAUGUAAGUCAAUGCAUUCAUAGGAGGUCCUCAGCAACCAUUUUUCUGACUUGAUUCUGACACUGGGGUACAUGGCUGUGUUAUAGUUGAGGAGUCAGGGAAGGAACAACAGGAUGCAAUAACCUUAACUAAAACCUUUAAUUCAGUGACAGAACAAAAAGGGAUAACUGCCACCUACUUAGUUCUGUUGGUAAUGUUGGCUAUCUUAUUUUCGCAACUUUCUCAAAUCUUUUAAAGAUUACCUAUCUGAACUUUUAUAUUGAUUAUGCAAAAUGAAGAGAUUAUUGACCAAGGCACAUUGUGGGAUCUAAACUAUUGUAACUACACACAUGGCCACUCUGACUUAUCUCUGUGCUGGCAUCUGGGUGUUCAGAAAAUGAAUAGAUAUCUCUUUUUCCAUUUUUGUUGUAUGACUCAGCUGUGAGGUCUCACAUCAGUGAUUUGCAAUUGAUGAACAGAACAUUUAAAGUCAUUUAUUAGAAGUGUUUUAGAAGUGUUUACAGACUUAGCUAGAGCUUUCCCUCUCAAAGGUUCUGAUUUUAGGCAGAAUAGGUACACUGAGGAACAAAAAUAGUAACUGUGAGUGCAGGUGGCAUACAGAAGGAGUGAGCAGCAGUGGGUGGGAAGUGGUGGCUUCUAGGACUCUUUGGAGUGUCCUGGCUGAGGUGCAGUGUAAAGGGGUCUCAAGUUACAGACUUACAUGUUGAGGACCAACCUCUUGCCUUUUGAGGAGGUCUGCUUAGGCUUCUAUUCUGAAUUCCCAGUUCCACACAGCCUGUGCCACAGUUGUUGUGGCAUUAGUGGUAUGUGCCUCCAGGUUAUGCUGGGCUAGGAUCUUUAGAGGUUGGGAUUAUGUUCGGGGUAAUGGCCAGAGUCUAUACAGAUGGACUCUGCAAUAUCCACACUUUUGUGUACCUGAGGCUGUCAGGUUUGUGCUCUUGGCAAAUAUUGAGAGCUUUGUAAUCUCUACAGUAAUAACCCAAACCAAGUAUUAUGUCAUGGCAGUUCCCAUGCCUUGGAGCUACCUACCAUCCUGUAGUAGUCCAGAGAUGAUAAAAACCAAGAUAAAAGUGGAGGAGGCAUUUAUUCGUCUAUUAAAGGUAUGAUUUCUGAAAAGACAAGAAACAAUAACUAACACAGAUGAAAAAUAAAGUAGCCAGUUCACCCAUCCACAACUUGGCCCGUACAAAACAUAGUGCUGGGACACACUUGAAUAUUAGAAUUUAUGGGAAGCAUAAGAAAUUACAGAGUACCAACUGGUCCUGUCCCAAAGACAGCAUCACUCUGAGAGGAAACUUGCCUUGACUUGUAUAAUCUUCUACUCGUAUCUCACAGUGCGUAGUGCAUUUUCACUCCCAACUCUCUGUGAGUCCCUCAGAUUCUUCAUUUGAUUCAUUAGUCAGUAAAAUGAUGUGUCUCUUUAAGAAAGAAUUUUUGGACAUACUCUGUGGAUUGGGGCUAUCAAGGGCUUAAGUGAAUGAGUACCUUUCCCCUUGCCACAACAGAGUUCAAUGUCAUUAGGUGUUCAAACGCAACAAAAUAGUGGCCAAAUGGUCUCCCACUAAUGCUAAUGUAUUAGUCCUGGCUCCUUACUUAAGGACCUGCCCAAGAGGAAUCAGGAGAAGGAGAUAUGGGCUCUUUUGGUAAUUCAUUGCUGCCUAGAAGACCUGUGGUAAUAGGAACCUUGUUACUAACCAACCCAGUCCUUAAAGAAGCCAGACCAGAAGGAGAGAGGUUUCCAGAUCAAAGCAAAAUGGAGCACAGUCAGGGAGAAAAAAUUUCAGAUAGAUUCAAUCAAGACCAUAUACUCUUUCAGCAUACUUCCUCAAGUCGUUCCAUAGUAUCCUUCCAUAAAGUGCUGAUCCCACACCAAGAUGACUAAGGACUAAAAAAUUAAUUAGCAUACAGAGAAAGCAAAGCCUGGGGAAAAAUGAAACACAUGAGCAAAAAGGCUGAAAGAAUGUGGGUGAUUCAGAGACCAACCCAACAAUUGGGACAAAUAAGUGUCCAUCCUCUCAAAGGAAAUGGCGGUGAAGUAAUCCCUGGAGCACCAGAGAGAAACUCAGAGAAGUGGAUGAGUUAGAAAGAAACAUGGCUCAGUCUGUGGAAUUCAGGUGGUAGAGGCAGAAAACAGGAAGAUGGCACUGACUGGGGAGUAGCUGAGAAGCCACAGACUGCUUAGUCCUUGACGUGAAGACACUGUACUGGGAACAGAGGGUCACCAGACUCUAAUGUCCCAGAAAAGCAUUUUAGAAAAGACAGGGGAAAUUAAUUAUGCAAUGCAAGAACACCACAUCAAUGGGCAGGUCAGACUUGACUGCCAUUCAAAGAAAUGAUGACCUUAAGUAACCUUGCAGAGUGGCCAGUGUGGACCAGUGACUUCUUUUCCAUGGAGCUCUCAGCUACUGUCCAGGCUAUGAGUGAGAGAGAGAGAGAGAGAGAGAGAGAGAGAGAGAGAGAGAGAGAGAGAGAAGAAAAACAAAAAGGAGGAGAGUGGAAUCAGGCUGGAUCAGCCUGUGCCCAUCAGCAUGAUCCCAGGACACAGGAAGUGGAAAUAUCCAGCAGAUUUUGAGUGAGACAUUGUGUGGGGGAGUGAGGGCAGUAAUUUAUCUAGCGAAAUUACCCUAGUAUUCAGAAACAAUUGGAAGAACAUUCACACACAUGCCAUUAGUCAUAGAACUGAGCUUCUGUGAGUAUUUUUGAAUAGGAAUUUGCAAUAAAACUCUUAGAUGUCAAAAUCUCACCAAACUAGGAUUAAAGGAAAGAGUUUGGCAUUGCCUGGUGGUAAUUGGCCUUGGAUGUGUUUAAUAUAAGAUGAAGACCUGUCUGUCAGAGUUACAUUGGCAGCUCAUAAUACAAAUGAUGUCAGCCUUGCUCAGCACACUAUAACUUAGGAAAGUCAUGAUGGAAGAGUAGAAGGGAAACCUAAGGUGUAGUCAUCCCUCUGUAUCUCUGGGUUGUGCAUCUGUCAAAUCCACCAGCCCCAGAUCUCAACUAUAAAUGUUGCUUCCAAACACAUGCAGAUGUCCUUUUCACCAUGUUAGCUCAUCAGUGCAGUAUAACUACCAUUGAGGUCCACCCGAGAUGAAUUAGAGCACCUAGAACUAUGUGCUAGGUUGUGUAUAGAUGCUUGCUUAUGUUAUAUAGGACCUGGAGUAUCCACAGACCCUGCCUGUGUGAGAGAUCUUGGGAUCCAGUCCCUCAAGGGUACCAAAGGGACAGCUAUAAAUAAUGUCCUCUCUUAAGGAGCAAAAGAGUCAAGGAAUGGUCUCUGUGCUGAAAACAGUCAUUGUAAUAAUGAAGGUUAUAACAUUCUUGUUACCUUUAAAUCAGUCUUGAAGCAAAAUGUCUCUUAGGAAGAAAUUUUGUCUGAACUUCAGUGAUCGUCCUGUUUUGCCAUCACAGUCUUUUUUUUUCACUACCCUUGUGAGAAAGUGGGCAGUGUGCUAGAGGGAUGGAGAAUACCUGCUGAGCUGGUACUCAGGAGUGGAACAUCAUGGCAAAGUGACAGGUGUUGCUAUGGAGAUUGAGCAGGUGAAGGGAUUCAAAACUAGGUACAACUUUGCUCAGACAGGUCUCUCUGAAGAGGUGUGUGGAAAAGGCCAAUAUGGCUAAAGAAAUGUGGUUCCUGAUCCUGAACAUGAUCCACCCCACUCCAGACCACUGAGUUUUCUUUCCUUGUCUUGACUUACUUUCAUUAGGUGGUCUGUCCACUGGGUGAUCCUGCCCCACACCACAGCCUUCCGGACUUGGACUGUUUUUCAGAUUUUUUUGGGGGGGUGGUUUGGUUUUUCCUUUCUUAAUGGCUUUUGGGGUUGUCUGAAAGAUGAUCAGUGGAUAAAUAAGGAUGAGUUAGUGGAUGAAUGAAUUGAUAAAUGCAUGACAAAUCACAUAAUAGAAUAUCUGCCAUGACAUAUUUUUUAUUUUAAAUUUAGUGCUUUCAGCAUAGACUGCCUUUUGGAACCAUUAUGAAACCCACAUUUUAUAUUGUGGGAUUGGCCAGUCUGAUAUUCUGGCAUCUUCUGAUAAGCCACAAAAGUUGUUCUGGGACAUUUCUUCAGGUACCAGAGCAGCCAGAAACAUUAAAAUCACAGCCAAGGCCUGCAUCUGUAUUGAUUUAAGGAGAAAAUAAUUUUAAAGUCUACCCUAAAGGUUUGGGAAGCGGUGUCCCUGAGCUGAGGUCUUAACUGAAGUACUCUUGUGACGUCUAUCCACAUCUUCUCUACAGUGCGGUUGCCUCUGUCACAGACACGGCAAUGCCUGGGAGCAGGGCUGUGACUAACUGAAGUAUCUACCUGAUGGCAAGAUGGGUUGCAUGCUGACAGUCACAUGUAUAGAUGUGCUACUGUGUGUGCGUGGCUCUGCUUCCCUGGUUCCCAUAAGUGUUGCUGUCUAUUUCUGUACCCUGGGACUGAGACAGACCCUUUUCCAGAAGCCCAGCUCAGGAAUAUUGGUGGAUAUGGUCAGGGUCCUGCUUAUGUUCGGAGAGCUUCCCAGGGUGUCAUCCAGAAAAAGUGCUCUUUAUGUGUUGGGGUUUUUGUUUGCUUGUUUGUUUUUGUUUUGUUUUUUCUUUUUUUGAUCUUUGACCCACAAGCCUCAAGACUGAUAAAAGUAUUCUUAUGUGGCCAAUGAAUCUUUUGAACGUUGUUUUUAACUAUUGGAAUUCAUGACCCAUUGGGAAAGGUUUUUGUCCCUCUUUGCUCUCUGUAGGUUUGGUUUUUCUUUUUCUUUUUCUUUUUUUUUUUUUGCUUUUAAAUUUUUAUUUAUUAAUUAUUACUUUAUUUUUCUAUUUUUUUUACAAAGAGUUUUAUUUAAAUAUUUUUAUUACAUAUUUUCCCCAAGGAGCUAAAGGGAUCUGCAGCCCUAUAGGUGGAACAACAUUAUGAACUAACCAGUACCCCAGAGCUCUUGACUCUGGCUGCAUAUGUAUCAAAAGAUGGCCUAGUCGGCGGCCAUCACUGGAAAAAGAGGCCUAUUGGACACGCAAAAUGUAUAUGCCCCAGUACAGGGGAACGCCAGGGCCAAAAAAAUAGGAAUGGGUGGGUAGGGAAUUGGGGGGGAGGGUAUGGGGGACUUUUGGGAUAGCAUUGGAAAUGUAAUUGAGGAAAAUAUGUAAUAAAAAAUAUUUUUAAAAAAAAGGUUUGGUUUUUCAAGACAGGGUUUCUCUGUGCAGUCCUGGAACUCACGCUGUAGACCAGGCUGGGCUCGAACUCAGAAAUCUGCCUGCCUGUGCCUCCCAAGUGCUGGGAUUAAAGGCCUGUGCCACCACUGCCCAGCCCCCAAAAGGGUAUGUUUAAUCUUAAAGAUUUUCCAUAUAGGAGAAUUUUAAGAUUGAGGUGGUUUGUGAGGGAUUUGGGGGUUUGUUGUUGCUGUUGUUUGGGGCAUGCUUAUUUGCUUGUUGUUUUAUGGUGGGUUUAUUUUUUUGGCCAGUUAUUAUCCAUGAAAAACUUGUAUGCUUCUGUUAGGGUAUACAUUUUACCUUCUACUUUAGAUUGCAUUUGUAGAUAUAUCUUUCCUGGAAACUUGACCAGGGUGUUUCCAGUGUUUUCCCAUGUGGUCCCCACAGGACUGGCAAGAUUUUACGUGACAUCUCUGCAGACUGUAGAAAGUACCCAAAACUGACAAUUACAGUAUACUAUUUAAAUACAGUUUUCCAUGAUCUCAGCAAGUAAAGAGUUCUGGGUUUCAUGUUCCUUGUCAGUGACUAGAAAAGCAGGUUGUCCAAGGAGCACAAGCCAGUUGCACAUAUCUCAGCAGCAGCACCUCAUGACUAGAUCAUCUUGGAGCCUCUCUUAUCUUACUUGUAAACUAGGUAGGGUGGUCAGACUUACCAUUUUCUUUGCUGUGUCUAUGUCACUGCAUUGGAUGGAGGAGGGACUCACACUGGGGGAUUAAAGAAUUCUAGGAGAGAGGCGGAGGCAGGCGGAUUUCUGAGUUCGAGGCCAGCCUGGUCUACAAAGUGAGUUCCAGGACAGCUAGGGCUAUAUAGAGAAAUCCUGUCUUGAGAAAACCAAAAAAAAAAAAAAAAAAAAAAAAAAAAAAAGAAAAAGAAUCCUAGGAGAUGUAGCUCUGAGCUUCAGGAUAGAUGAACCUUAACAGAGGCCUGCUGUGGUAACCCAGGUCAUUGCCUGCCCCCCCCUGGUUUUGAUCUCACUCUGGAGAUCCCUUCUGGUUGAUUCUUCCUGAGUUCCCUCACAUAGCCAUCCCUGAAUGCUUUACCUCACACAGGAUCAAAACAACAACAGAAAACAAUAUAGAUACAGUCAACCUCUUCCUGCUACAACAGCAUUAAUUUUGAAGCAGUGAAAGACAACCCACAGAACAGAGGAAAGUAUCAGCAAGUUGGAUCUGAUGAGAGGCCUAUACCUAGUAUAUACAUUCUCAAAAAUAGUAUUUCUGCUAUUUAGAGAGCCCAGUACACAUUAAGAAAAAAUACAGGAAUAGUCCUGUGCUCUAGUAUAUAUGUAUAAUCCCUACAGAAUAUUGACAAAACUGUUUUAAAAUUUUAAAAUAACUUUUGAGAUCGUGAAUAAAUAAAUCAUUUUAUUCUUUAAAAAAAAGAGGAGAAGAAGAAGACACACAUUGUCCCAUGGGCACACAAAAAUGCACAGUGUUAUCAGUCAUUAGAGACUUGUGAAUAAAAACCACAAUGCAAUCACUUCACACCCAGUAGGAUAUCUAUAAUGAGAAAAGAAAAGACAAGUGUUGGCAAGGUGGCAGAGAAAUCAGAGCUCCCAUGCAUUGCUGGUGAUGAGAAUCAAAUGCUAAAUCUCUGUGAAAUCAGUUGGAUAGCACCUAAGAAACAAACAGAAUUUCCAUCUGACCCAGCACUUUCACAUGCGUAUGUCCGCAGAAAGCUUUUUCUUGAGUGUGCAUUACGUGUUAAUAACCCAAAGGUGGAUCCAAGCCAACUGUCUAUCUACUGAUGCCCUGUACAAUUAGAAUGUAAUGUGCAUAGCACCUUGUCUUCUGUGGUAUAUAAUGGCAUAUUACUCAGGAAAUGAUGUGCUGGGUUACAUUCUGCUGGUCCUCAAAAACAUGCUAAGUGGAGUUAUCCAGCUACAAAAGAUUAUACAUUGUAUGAUUCUACUUACAUGAGAGAAAAUGGCACAUUUAUAGAGUCAGAAGAUAACAUUAGUGGCUGCCCAGUCUGGGAAGCUUCAGUGAGCAUAGCCAGUGGCUGAAGAUCACAAGGUGUCUUCAGAGUGACAGAAAUGCUCUCAUAUUAGAUUGUUCUCAUAGUUACAUCACUCUGAAAUUAUGAUAAAACCCACUGAACUAUCCAUAUUAAAUAGUCUGUGUAAGUGGAGUAUAUCAUAAUGAAGUUGAUUAAUGAAUUUAAGGAAUCUUUGAACUCAGACUCCCAAAUUCCAAUGGAUGGAUAGAAGUACCUGUCCAUCUUAUGUGGCUGAGUCCCUGGCCAGGCAAGGAGACAAAGGCUUCAGCCAACACCAAUGUAUGUGUGUGUAAAGAUGACAAAUGCUGUUUUCCUUUAACCCUGACUUGAAGGGCAGUUAGUAUUAAAAUGAAGACAUGCACGUGAAUCAUUCAAUACAGUGCUUGGCAUGUUCAGUUCCAAUGCCUACGUCUAUGUGGCUCAGCCCUGGAAAGAAUUAUAAGUACAAAGUAAAGUUUAUAUAUAAACAUACAUAUAUGUAUAGGCAUACAUAUAGACAUAUAUGUGUGUAUAUAUAUAGAUAGAUAGAUAUAGAUAGAUAGAUAUAGAUAUAGAUGGAGAAUACUGUCUAAAGAAAGCCCAAGAGGAAUGCAAAAAUGAAAACAUUGACAUCCAGUCAGUCAUUUAAAGGAGGGGACUAGGAAUUUAUUAAUUCCUUACAUGGGGUACUGUGCUGCUUAAUUUUUAUCAGGUCAACACAAAAUAAAGUCAUCUAGGGAGGGCAAACCUCAGCUAAGAAGAUGCUUCCAUCAGUGAUCUGUAGGCAAGUCAGUAAGACAGUCUCUUGGUUACUGAUUGAUGGAAGACCUAGGCGACUGUAGGCAGUGACAGGUAGAUUUAAAAAACAACAACAACAACAACAAAACAACCUGAGUGAACCAUGGGAGCAGACAAGUAAGCCAUGUUUCUCCAUAGCCUCUGCUCCGGUUUCUGCCUCUCAGUUCCUGCCUUGAAUUCCUGUCUUGGCUUUCCUGUCAUGGUGGACUAUAAGGUGUAACCUGAAAAAAACCAUUUCCUCCCCAAGAUGUUUAUGGCUAUAGUGUUUAUCACAACAAUAGAAAGCAACAGAGACUUUUUAUCUUAAACCCAUAGAUGUGAAGUUCUUCUCAUAUAUAUCUGGAGACAGCCUCAUCUGUCUCUUGGUAGUGAUAUGUAGGCUCCGUUCUCUGCUGGUAUGAGGACUUCUGGAUUUCUGUCUGGUUUUAUUAUCAUUAGCUUCCACUCUUUGUUCCUGUGAUGUGAGAUCAAAGAAGACAACAAAAUGUUUAAGAGCAGAACGGGACCAAAGCAAGCUUGUUUUGAGCAACCUCAGUAGGCAGGUAACAUACAAAGCAAGAGCUCUCUUCUGCCUUUCAGAUUCCAGAUUCUGUCUAUCUGUCAUUCCAUAUUCUGUCUGUCUGUCAUGUGGAAGGUACUGCCCAUUCACUGGGGUGAAAGCAAAGGACUGGAUAUUUAAAAUAUAUGUGUGCCUGAAAGGCAAUUACAAAACCAUAUAUACUGUAAUUACAAUUUUAACAAUUAAAAUAUAUGCUAUAAAAUGUUACAUUUAUAGGAAGCUCACAGCCACCCAUUGGACUGAGCACAGGGUAACCAAUGGAGAAGAUAGAGAAAGGACCCAAGGAGCUCAAGGGGUUUGCAGCCCCAUAGGAGGAACAACAAUAUUAACCACCCAGUACCCCCAGAGCUCCCAGAGACUAAACCACCAACCAAAGAGUACUCAAGGUUUCAGCAGUGUAUGUAGCAGAGGAUGGCCUUGUGGGACACCAAGGAGAGGCCCUUGGCCUUGUGAAGGUUCUAUGCCCCAGUGUAGGGGAAUGCCAGGACAGGGAAGCAGGAGUGGGUGGGUUAGUGAGCAGGGGGAGGGGGAAUGGGAUAGAGGGUUUUUCAGAGGGGAAAUGAGGAAAGGGGAUAAAAUUUGAAAUGUAAAUAAAGAAAAUAUCUAAUAAAAGGAAAAAAAUGUUACACUUAUAUAUCAUAUAUUAAAAUAUAAGCACAUACAGGUUUGAAGAAAAGUAUGUUUUUAGUUAUGCACAUACUACUCCACCACUCAGAGAAAACAGUCUUUGUGGGUGAAGUAAAAUUCAUUGACAUUUUAAAGUUCCUCACAGAUAACCACUAAUAGCAUCUAUCCUUCCAGAUUCUAUUUAUUUGUUCUUGAAAUAUAUGGCUCCUUCUAAGUAUGCUCUUCCACCUGAGCAUUUACAAAACAUCCCUGUGUACUAAUAAAUGAAAUAUAUAAUUCAAAACUUUUUCCAGGAAAUUUUAGAGCCACGAAAGAUUGGCAGAAAUGUUCUUCCUUGUUAUAUGUGCUCCCACAUCCAACCUGAAGCUCGCCUGGGCCCAUCAGGUUUGGGCACAGGUGCCUUGUUCUUAAUUUUCAGGUGCUAUAUCAAGCCAUUUUGUCUACCUUAAAUAAACUUCUAGAUAUUUAACCUCCUACUCACCGUAGAUAACAGCAGUUACGGGUCUACCCUGCUUUAAGCCCUUCCCUUAAAACUUUAUGUUUUAGAGUGGGGAGUCUGUGAUAGAGUACUUGCCUAGUUUCUAUGAGGCCAUGGCUUUUCUCCUAAGUACUUCAAAAAAAUAUUUAAGUUUUGUGAUAUAAAGCCCGUUCUUGGGUCCAUUUCUUAUUAUUUUAUGAAGAAGAGUUAUUUCAAAUUUGGCCAAUUGCUUCUGGGUUCGAGAUGGGGACAUGUUGUCCACUUCUGUUUUCAGCUCUAGGGCCUUCUCUGGAACAGACCCACGCAAGCCCUUGGAGGGCUUCCUCAGACUCUGUGCUGUAUUCAUAGGUGCAUCAAUUAUGCUGAUGGAGAGGACCUUGUUUCCUUGGUAUCCUACAUCCUCUCUGCUUCUGUCUCCUUUUCUGCAUGGUUCUCUAAGCCUGGAGGGAGGGAUUUGAUGGAUACAUCCCAUUUAUGGCUGAGUGUUUCUUGUAGGUCUAUAUAGUCCUUCCAUAAGCUGAAGGAUAAAGCCUUUCUGAAGAUGGCUUGAGUGAGGACCUGAUCUAUAAGAAUAACAGAAUGUCAUUAGAAGUCAUUUUAUUGCUACAUUUAUUUUUGUUUUUAGAACAGUAGAAUUCCAUUUUACCCUAAGUCUCUGGGCAAUCUAGUCUCAGGUCAACCAAGCAGUGUUAAGUAUGGGUUCCAUCAAUAGGUUUGUAACUGGGUGGAUAUUUAUCCUUCUCUUUUGGUAGCAUGCAGAGUAUCUUUACCUUCCUGAACCAAAGACUCUACAAUAGUGGUCACAACCUGUGAGUCAUGAUCUCUUUGAUGGUCAAACAACCCUUUCACAGGGCUCACCUAUGACUAUUAGAAAACACAGAUAUUUACAUUAUGACUCAUAAGUUGCAAAAUUACAGUUAUGAAGUAACAAGAAAAUACUUUUAUGGUUGCAGGGGUCACCAUAGCACAAGAAACUAUAUUAAAGGGUCACAGAAUUAGGAAGGUUGAAAACCACCGCUGUAAACCUAACCUCUGUAGUCCUAUGGAUUGUAGCUUGAUUACUGUUGACUUAAUAGCUUAUAACCAUUUACAAGUGAAUACAUACUGUAUUUGUCUUUUUGAAUCUGGGUUACUCACUCAAGAUGGUUUUCUCUAGUUCCAUUCAUUUACCUCUGAAUUUCAUGAUUUCAUUUUUUUAAUGGCUGAGUAAUACUCCACUGUAUAAGUGUACCAGAGGGACCUCUAGAAUGUUUUCAAUUUCUGGCUAUAAUGAAUAGAGCAGCAAUGAACAUGACUGAGCAAGUGUCUCUUUGUGUAUGUUUUGUUUUUAAAGAUAAGUUAAAAAUGUUGACAUUAACUUAUAUCUGCUGGGAGAGGGAAAAUCAGUUUUCUCCAAUAGUGUAACACUGGAUAUAUGAAGCCCUGAAGGACAGGCCUUAUGUUCAGGAGUAGCUGACCAUCAGCUUUUUGGUGUGUGUGUGUGUGUGUGUGUGUGUGUGUGUGUGUUUCUUUUAUUUGGUUAUAGUUUGGUGGGGGGGGGUUGUUUUCUCUUGUUCUUUUUAGAUGUGGUUUUAUUCUUUCUUGGUUUGGGGAUAUUGUUAUUAUAUUGGGUUUUACUUGUUUUCAGAGAAUUAAUUUAAAGUUAGACAGGUAGUAAUUUAAGAUCUAGGGAAAAGAUCUAGAAGGAUUUGAGGGAGGGAAAAAUAUGAUCAAAAUAUAUUUAAAUUUAAAAUUGUUUUAAAUUCUGCUACUGCUACUACUAGUAGUAGUGGUGGUGAUGGUGGUGGUGGUGGUAGUAGUAGUAGUAGUAGUAGUAGUAAUAGGAUAAAAAGAAAAAUGACAUUAGGGUAGCUCCUACAUAGGACAGGCAGUCUCACUCCAUCCCCACUGAUGUAACAAAAUACUAUAGACUGAGUGAGUUAUAACGAAUGGACAUUUAUUUCUCACAGUUAUAGAUGCUGAGAAAACCAAGAAUAAGGUCUCAGUGAUUCUGUGAGUAGGAAAGGCUCUCUGCUCCAUGGAGGGGACCUUGCUGUAUCCUCACAUGGUGAGAAGCAGGACAGAUGUCCACUGUGACCCUGCCUGGAGGGAUGGAAGAGGGAGGCAUCCUUGGGAAAUGUCUCUUAUGAGAGCAUUUAUCCACUUCAUGAAGAGGAGGACCAUCUCUUCAUAACUCAUCCUGGGGUUUAAUUUUGACCCACUGACUUUGAAACUCACAUGCACUUGAACCUUGGCACUAUGUGCCUGGGUGAGGCAGGUGGACAGCAGCUAAGACCCCAAGGAGAAAACAAGCUUUGCCUUUGUAUAAGAUCAGCAGUUAGGAUUUUGUCCCCCUUAAAUACUGUUGCUUUUGUAUUGGGGGUCACAGACCCCCUUCUCUUCCAACUCUUCCUGAGAUACUUAACUUUUUAAAAUCGUAGUCGUCCUACUGUGCUGCAGAGCACUAGAAAUCCUUGUGGCUAAGCUUGCCCCAGUCACAUAGCACAUUGUGUUACUGAGUUCCCAGAAAGCAGAAUGGGCUGAUUGAUAAGAACUUCAGUGAUUGUAGAGAGCUGGAAUGUAGGUGGAGAGCAAAAUUACCUACUGUCUUGACCUACCUCGGCCCCUAGGGGGCAGUUUACUGCCUGCUUCUGUGUCCUGAGUCCUGAACUGGGUAAGCGUUAGCAGCAAGGAAGGAUGAGCUUAUCCUCGCAUGGCUCUUGACUGAGGGUGUGAAUAUCCUCUCAUGGCUCUUGACUGUGGGUGUGAAUAUCCUCUCAUGGCUCUUGACUGUGGGUGUGAAUAUCCUCUCAUGGCUCUUGACCGUGGGUGUGAAUAUCCUCUCAUGGCUCUUGACCGUGGGUGUGAAUAUCCUCUCCUGGCUCUUGACAGUGGAUGUGAAUGUGACUAGCUGCUUGAGAUCUCGCCUUGACCCUUUUCAACUGUUAGGUGAAGUCUUUUGAAAUGACAUACAGGCCUCUACCUUCCACUGAUGUAGAGGCUAAGCACACCAUCCUUCCUGCCUGAUGUUGCUAGCAAUGUAUUUGAAAAGAGCCUUGAUUUAUGACUUUGUUCUGUUACUGUAGAAACUUCAUGAACCUCUUACCACAUUAGAACAUGCCAUUUGAAAUAAUCUGCAUCCUUGUUCCUGGACCAUGGUCAAUCACAUUUGUUUCUAGAGUUAACUCUCCAGAGUAGACUACCUUUGAGGUAAAAUCUGGUGUUUUGUUUUGUUUUGUUUAUUCUGUUUUUUUUCCCAACACACAUAUAUCAAAUUACAACACCAAAAAAAGUACGUGACUACUAUGUAUCAAUUUAAAAAUCAGCAAAGGAAACAAAACCCAUUGCAGAGCUACUCAUUCUAUGGGAUUCAUUCUAGUCUGUAUGGUCCAGUAUGGUGGGGAACCUAGCUACAGAGCCAUUGACAGUUUUGUUAAGGCCAUGCCUCCUUACAGAUCAACCACAUCCCAUAUAAAUGAGCAUCUAUAUAUGUUCAGCACAAAUUGAACUGUUGUGAUAGGUUGUAUAUCCAUGGAUAAAGGGGAAUGCUUUAGUGUUACAUAUAGCUUGCUGUCUUAGUUUUACUAAGGGUUUUACUACUGUGAACAGAUACCAUGACCACAGCAACUCUUGUAAGAACAGCAUUUAAUUGGGACAGGCUUACAGGUUCAGAAGUUCAGUCCAUUAUCAAGGCAGGAGCAUGGCAGCAUUCAGGCAAGCAUGGUACUAAAGAGGACCUAAGUUCUACAUCUUCAUCUGAAGGCCACUUGGAGAAGACAGACUUCCAAGCAGCUAGGAGAAGGGUAUUAAAGCCCACACCCACAGUGAUACACCAAAUCUAACAAGGCCACAUCUACUCCAACAAGGCCACACCUCAUAAGACUGACAUGCCCUGGGCCAAGCAUGCCUUACCUCUUAUAAGGAAUAAAUAGAAUACCUUUUUGUGUACUUCAAGAACACACUAGAACUACACGUCUUCAGUUGGACAUUCUACCCAAGGACUUAGACUAAUGAGACUUGCAAAGCUGUUGCUGCUUUUCAUCUUCUGACAAGGGCAGUGUUUUUGUUAGGGUUUCUCUUGCUAUGAUAAAACACAAGGCCCAAAGAAACUUACUGGGGGUGGGGAGAAUUUGUUUCAUUUUAUACCUUAUAAGUCCAUCAUUGAGGGACACCAGGCUGGGAACUCAGAGAAGGAACCUGGAUACAGGAACUGAUUCAGAGGACAUGGAGGAGCACUGCGUACUGGCUUGCUUCUUAUGGCUUAUUCAGUCUGUUUUCUUAUAGAACCCAAGACCACUAGGUGUCCCCAGACACAAUGGACUAGACCCUCUGCCAUCAAUACCUACAUGAUCAGGUAUGGGAGGUGAGGGUAGAGGGAGACAGGAGAAAAACCCUGAGGGCCAGCAGAAUGAAUGGAAAUAUUCAUCCUCAAGGGAUGAAAGGUGGGGGGACUCUCUAGAAAGUACCAGAGACUUCGGAGGUGAGAGACUCUCAGGACUCAAGUGAGAGACUUUAGAUGAAGUGUCCAAUACUGGGAAAAGAGAACUCAUAGAGAUCACCUCCAGUAGAAAGACAGGGCAUCAAUUGGAGGGAUCGGGUUGCCAUCCCACAGUCAAAAACUCUUACCAGAAUUGUUCCUGUCUAAAAGAACUGCAGGACAAAAAAAAUGGAGGAGAGACUGAGGGAAAGGAGAAGAUCCAGAGACUGGAUCAAUUUGGGAUCCAUCUCAAGGGGAAGCUCCAAGGCCUGACACUAUUACUGAUGCUGUGGUGCUUACAGACAGGAGCCUAGCUAGCAUGACUGUGACAGAGGCAGAUACUUACACAUAACCAUUGGGCUGACCCCUGUGAAAGGGAAAGGCUGGAAGAAGCUGAGGAAGAGGACAACCCCAUAGGAAGACCAGCAGUCUCAACUAACCCAAACCUGAGCUCUCUCAGACACUGAACCACCAACCAGGCAGUAUACACUAGCUGGUCUGAGGCUCCUGACACAUACAUAGUAGAGGACUGCCAGGUCUGGCCUCAGUUGGAAAAGAUACACCUAACCCUCAAGAGACUUGAGGCCUGAGAGAGUGGGGAGGCCUGGUGUGUGUAUGGGGGGGGGGGCAUCCUCUUGGAAACAAGGGGUAGGAGGAAUAGGAUGAGGAACUCUGGGAGGAAAGAAUGGGAGGAGGCCAACAUCUGGACUGUGAAAAAUACAAGUAAUAAAUAAAUAAAUAAGAAGGUGACUACCUGAAUUAUUUAGGCAUUUGCUCUAUUGAAUUUCCCCCCUCUCUGAUGACUAUAGCUUGCAUCAAGUUGACAUAAACCUAGCUGGGACAGGCAAGGAUAAGCUGGGAUACUCCAAGCACUGUCUCCAACCUCAUUUAUGUUGAGUACUGACGGGCCUGGUCUGAGGAUCAUCACAGAGGAAAACUCCUGCAGAAUAUCUGGCUCCUCUCAGACCUUGGUUGAAAGCUGAUGCAGAAGAGUUAGGAACACUGGAAGCCCAGUGUACUAACAUACACCAGGUAACCUUGAACUACUUCCUCAUGGAUAUACAUUUGCUCAUCUGUGAGAUAGGAUGGUCAUACAUCAUUCUAGCUGACCUUGAAGAAUGGCUGUGAUGAGGACACUGGUAAACAGAUGUGGGCCCCAUGUUUCCCGCAGCAGGAUCUUUCUUCUGUGGGGCUCACAGCCCUCUGCUCUGGCAUGUGUCUUUCCCUGCUAAAUCAGAAGCUCAUCAUAAUUGUUCCUGCUGCUCCAUUGUGGCAGGGACUGCUUUGACAAAUUUUUACAUCCCAUGGAUUUGUGUGAUUACAAGUAAAAUAAAGUGGUAUCUCAGGAUGGGGGUGUGGCAGAAGGUAGUGCCAGGGUUUGGGAAUUCUGAGUGCCUCCGUUAAGGAACAGGGAUCAAGUGUUAAGGCAAGUUGACUAUGUCCACCUGGAGACAGAAUAUCUGAAUAGAGUAGAAAAUGUGAUUUCUGUAGCUGGAAGAUCACUGUGGCUUCACCAAGGUGGUGUGUUGAAUUAUGAACACAUACUUAGCCAUUGUGUACAUGGAUGGAUUCACAUCAGUGAAAAAAAAAACUACUCAACAAACAUAGAACAGAGAACUUAGACAUCAUGUUUAGAACGUGACUUUCAAUAGCGUUAAAGGCCUUCUCUGCCUGUUAGUUGUGCUAAGACUGAACAGGGAUCAUUGAACAGUAUUACAUGCAUAGGGUUGUAGCAAGUCCCCUGUAGUCAUCAUCAGUGCCCGUGGUCCAGUACCCGCCUGUGCAACACAUGGUCAGAGCUGUGCAACACAUGGGGCUUCUUGUGGUAGGGUGAACCCAGGAAGUAAAGUUGAUGCUACUCUGAGAGUGGUGAGUCAGACUGACGUGUGUGACUUGUGGGACUGAGCAUUUAAUUGUUAAACAGGGAUGGGUCUCAGCGACUGGAAUGUUAGUUACUAGGCCAGUGAUCCUGAGUGCUUUUUGUCUCUUUUUCUCUGCAUUGUUAUCAAGUCAGUCACGUCUUAGAACUGAGCACUGUGGUUAUCUCUCUGGCUGUUUCCCAGAAUUCCCAGUGAAAACGUCUUUUCGGGCAUGUCCAUGUAAACAAGAGGUGCUCCCAGUCUAAGUGGCAUGGCAAAGGCAGGAACAGAAUUUGUAUGGCUCUUCCAGGAGACUCGUGUUUAUCAAAACAUUUUGAAACUAGACAGCUGUACAGAGUGGCAAACUGGAAAUUUUCCAUUAUGUUUAAUGAUGUUAAAAUAUAUCCCUUUACAAAUAAAAUCGGGCUGUUUAUCUAAUAAGCUUGAGAGAAAUACUGUGUUCUGUCUUCUCUGCAAUUAUUCACUGUGCCCAUUCUAUACCCGAGGCUGAGACGGAUCCAUCAGAGUACUGAUCACUUACAUGGGGUCCAGUAUUCCUCAGUCCUGUUUUCUCAAAGUACUCCCUCAACCCCUUUGUCACAUGCACUCCUCAGAUCCAGUGUUUAUGGAGAAGUGAACAGAUGCAGGGUAUGUCACGUGGGAAAUCCUGUAGUUGCUCCUCUUCCCAGUCUAAUUUAAACAGUGAUUUAUUGAAUUCCUAAUACAUACAAGGCAAAUCAUACAGAGUCGUGAGUGGAAUGCUCGUCAUUUUGUCCUUGACUCAUGCAUCACCGCCAUCACCCACAUGAACACGACUGUCUUCAUGGGCACAUGUGCAUGCUUGUAUAUCCUGGCUUGCUCGAUCACUUCCAGAAUGGAGUUGUCUUUGUGCAAGGCACAAGAAUCCUCAAGUAGCAAUACCUCUGUCUUGCGUUUGAUGUGGAAGUAGCUGGGAUGGUCCUGGACCUGAGGAUCUGAUUAUGAGGUUUUGAGAGACUAUACAUGAUGUGAUAUGCUUAUAUGUGUAAGGAGAAACUCAGUAUAGGAGGCUUAUCUCUUACAUUUAAGGCCAUGGAUAUAGAAGACCAAGGGUCAGGCUCUCAAUACUUAGCAUGUGAUUGAAUAACCUACUCUUCAUACCUGUAGUCAUAUUGUCUAGAUGGUAAUAUGUUUUUUUCUGUUUUUUUUUUUUUGAAACAGGUUCUCACUGUAUAGUCAAAGCUGGACCCAAACUCCCAAUUUCCCUGCCUCAGUUUCUCAGAUGCUAAGAUUAUGGUUGUGCCCUGUUGCCUGGCCCAGAUGAUGAUUCUAAAGGCUGGUGAGGCUGAAGAAAGCCAGGAGUGGGAGGAGGUGGCUAGUCUGUCCAUUGCCUUCUAGUUCAGCUCUCAGUGAAGAGAUCCUGAGGCCCAGACUCUUGGUCCACACAGUUAUUCUAGAAUUUUUCCAGGCAUGAGUGGGACUGGAUGACUUUCUCUGGCCCGUGAAGCUGGCCCAAGUCUUGUGUUUCCUUGGGAGUUACUAUUAUCAUGGCAUGAUGUUCUUUCCAGGCUGUCUCCUCUCCUCCUGCAAGGGCAACUGCAAAUGAGAAAUCAUUUAAAUUCUGUCCCUUCUACAUUUAAAUUACCUCACAGUGGCUGGCGUGGCUGUUGGGAAAGAAUUGGUGAAGGGCAGUUGUUGUUGUAUGCUCCGGAGCCCAUCAGGUAAGUGUGCUGGCCAGCCGGGGGGCCUCUGGGGUGAGUGUUGAGUGGGUGGGCGAAUCUUCCUGGGACAACACUAGGUAGACCAUUUUGAUAAAAUGGAACACUGAAUUGGAGAAUUUAGGAGAAAUAGGCUCAUGAGAUGUUCCUGUAGGUAGAAGCUUUACUUAGCACCACCUCUGCCUGUAGCAUGGCUGGGGGACGAGGGAGCAAGGCAGUGGGGUUAGUGUCCACCACUCUCUUGGGUCUCCUGGGGGUGACUGCCACACAGGAGUAGUGAGAAGCAAGCAGUUCCCUCACUACCACCAUUCCUGCUUGGUGGAAUGAAUGAGAAGUGGCUGCCUGACCAAGAGACUGAAUGAUUGCUAACUUUGCUUUGUGCCCAGCUGGAAAGGCAGAUUGCCAUGAGUAAGGGCACUGACCAUGGUAGAUGGCUGGGAUGAUGGCCUGCAGGGGUCUCCCGUUCCAACCCAUGGAACUGGGCAGGUGGCAGCCUUCUGUGUGCCCGUGUGCACUUCUGAAUGGAACACAGCAAGACAGCUGUUGUGAGAAUGAGAGGAAAGCAUCUUUAUGCUGUUGUUUAAUCAGCACUAGGAUCCCUGGGCUUACAGGGUAGAGAAUUUGUUAUGCUUGUGGCUUCUGUCUGUCUUCCUCUCUCUACCACACUUGUGCAUACAUAUAAUACACAGCAUAUAUAUGUAUAUGUAUAUAUAUGUAUAUAUAUAUAUGUAUGUGUAUACAUAUAUAUAUAUAAUAUAGAACACAACUUUAAUAUCACUCAUGCCCUCCCCACACAUAUGUAUUACAUACCUGCAAAUAUAUACAUGGGUGUACUACACAAUAUACAACACAAUCUAUAAAUGUCACUCAUAGCCUCCCAAUAUACAUAUUAUAUGCCUACAUGCAUAUACACAUACACACAUAUAAAUAUAAACAUGUACUUAUAUAGAGAUACACAUACUAUAUAACCAUAUGCUCACAUACUUAACAUGCACAUACUGUAUGAUGUAUACAAACACAUAAACCCUGAUCUUCACAUAUCCUUCAUAUCAUAGAGACCUUUCUAUAAUACACACAUACAUUAUAUUACACACAUGUAUUACACAUAUACAUUACAUACUAUGACCCACAUGUACACACACCACAAUGCCACAUUAGCAAAUAUAUAACCACUACAUCAUUCAUACUAUUAGCACCACACAAAUCUCAUCCCAUAUCUACCACAAGCAUGCAUGUACUGCACACACAUACCUCAAAUGCAUAUGUGCACACACAAUCAGGUCAAUCAGAAGCUUCCAGUAGUUUCUCUUUCCUGCUGUCUUUCAUUCUUCUGCCUCUUUCCAUUCCUAAUGCCAUGGAUGCAGCCAUCACUGUCUCUCCUGGCCAGAAAUAUCAUCAUCUUUUCCACCAAAUGUAAUUGGAAUUGUCCUUAAUGAUAGGGGUUAAGACAGGAGCUUGAAUCCAUGUAAUUUCUUCAGUGUCUAGUUUGUAUGUAAUGAGUUCAACUUGCUGGCCUCCCAACUUCUGGGAAUCCCUGGGGCUCUGCUCUGGGAAGCAGAUGCAACCCAGGCUCUGUCCAUAUGCACAUGGUACAUGCCCUCUGCAGCUUGACCUUCAUCUUGUUAGAUGGGAUGAUUUCUCAUCUGGGAAUUCUAGCAUGAGAAAUGCCUCUCCAUGCUCCAUGUCCUUGAGGGUCAGAUACUCCUGGGCACAGAUGCUGUCCUCGCAGAACUAAGAGAACUAGUUUUCAGGUAAAUAAAAAAGGGGAACAAUUUAGUCCAGGCCAGUCUAGCCCCCAAUAAUUAGAGUCAUUAUUAAAAUAUAUCAUUUUAGCAGUGGACAUGGAAGACUCUGGCAUUAUCUGUUGUUGUGGUCUUAGUCUUUUUUAGGCUUAGGCAGUAUACGUUUGUUUUCUAACCGUUCUGGAAGGUGAAAGUUCAGAUCUAGGUGUCUAAUGACUGCACCACUCCCUUGAAUUUGCUUGAAGAAAACCACCUUUUCUGCUCAAAUGGCAUCUUCUAGACACAGGAUGAAACUGACUUGUCUCCUUUUCUUCUUACAAAUUUAAGGAUGCCACUGCUUUUGGAACCCAGACUUCUAACCAUAUUACCUUGGGCACCCUCUAACAAGCCAUAUCCAAAUUAGUGUCUAAGAAUUCAUCAUAAGAAUUUGAAGGACACAAUUCAGUCUAUGACAAAGAUGAAGUUUUCAGCUCGACUCCUGGGAAAAAUAGGAAGAUGUGAUGUCUUAUUCUGGAAUCCAUCCAGGGAAGCACAGCAAAGUAUAACGGUGUACACCUGUAAUCUUAGCACUUGGAUGGCUGAGGCAAAAGGAUGGGGUUGAGUUCAGCAUGAGCUCCAUUGGGACCUUGUCUUAGAAGCAUAAGGGAAGAUGGGCUGACAUUGCUUAACAGUGAAAAGCACGUGUUGCUUUUGCAAAGGUCCCCAGAUUCAGUUUCCAGCGCCCAUAUGAUGAUUUACAACAGUCCACAACUGCAGUUCCAAGAAACUGAUGCUGUCUUCUGCCCACUGAGGCUACCAGUCAUGCAUGUGGUGCACAUAUUCUUGCAGAUAAGACACUCACAUCUAUAAAUUACCUCAGUCAUGCAUGUGGUGCACAUAUGCAUAUAGGUUAGACACUCAUACCUAUAAAUUAUAUCAGUCAUGCAUGUGGUGCACAUGUGCAUGCAGUCAAGACACUCAUACAGAUAAACUAUCUAAAUAGACAAUGAGAACAAUGGCAGACUAUACCAUGCUCUUCUACUCCUAACCUUAUAAACCCAUAAAACAAAGACCAUGGGAAGUGCAUGGUGCCUCUGCAGCUGUGACUGACCAGGAGUUACCCAGAAAGCAGAGAAUUUCAGAAUGAAGAAGAGCCCACACUUGGGCCUCCUGUGUCCACUAAGUGUUUUCUAAAAGCGUAUCUCACCUGAGGCUGUUGGAAGUGUUAGGAAAUUUUUGUGGUAGCCCUUGAAGAUAGUGUCACCAGUGUCAGACUGUUCCAGGGGAAGAGCCCCACGGGGACUCAUGGGACAGAAGUGCAGAGUCGCUCCACUAGAAAGAUGGCUUGGCUCUUGUACUUUCUUGCUUUGACAUUUAUGUGUGUGUGUGUGUGUGUGUGUGUGAACUGCUAAGUCGGCCACUUCUAAUGGAAUUUUUUGUUAAGGUACAAGGCAAGUACUAAGACUCAGUUCAGUCCCCAAAAUGCACUUGACAGCAAAUGUAACCUUGGCAAACCCUUUCCCCUGAAAUCAAGAUGGGAGGCUCCUGAAAGUAGAUAGAUACAUACAUAUAUACGUACAUGCAUACAUGCAUGCAUACAUACAUACAUACAUACAUACAUAGAUGGAUGUAUGAUAGAUGUACUAUGUAUGAUAGAUAUAUACAUAGAUGGAUAUAGGAUAGAUGAAUGUAUGAAUUAUGAUAGAUAGAUAAAUAGAUAGAUAGAUAGAUAGAUAGAUAGAUAGAUAGGCAAGUUGCUAAGUACAUAAGUACACUUGGUGUUGCUCACAUGUAUCUGUGUCUUAGGAGUGGAUAUCCUACUAGGGGCUUCAUCUCUAAAGGAGACUGAUUCUUCCUCUCUUAGCAGCAACUAAUUGCUUACAGGUUUUCAUCUAGGUUUGAGCUCUGUAACAGAUUUCCCCCAUUCACAUAGGAAUGUCAACUGGUACUUUCUUUGGCUGGUCUUAUUGAGGCAGUCAUGCUGUAAGGAUUUUGUGGUUACAAUUCCAUGUCUUAUAUAGAAGAUAUUAUUUUGUAGCAGACAUCCUGGUCUUCUGGCUCUUACAAUCUUUAUGCCCCUAUCUUCUUUGAUUUUUCACUAAGCCCUAUGGUAGAGAUUGUGUUGUGGAUGUAUCAUUUGGAGCUGGGAACCCCACAGUGACCACUUAUUGAUUUCUGAGGUGGUCUAUGGAUGGAAGGAUAGGUAUUCAGAAUGCUGUUUUAGGAAGUUGGCAGUAAUAGAUUCUCCUCUACGGUCCAUGACCUCACCAGCCAAAGAUAAUUGUUUAGAUACCCAGGACCAGGCGUGAAUUCCCUCCUAUAAAGUGGGCCUUAAGUCCAAUUAAAUGGCUGUUGGUUACCUGUUGCGAUAAAUCUUCUCCCAAAUAUGCCCCGGCAGUGAAAACACAACACAGUUAAUAUGAAUCCAUGCUUUGCGUCUAGAUUGGGCAGAUCUCCCACUAUACUACCAUCUUCCACAUCUAUGAGACCCCUUAGAACUUGCGGUUUCUCCAGGCCAUGUGCUUUUGCUCUGCUAUUCUUCUUCCUCCUCCUCUGCAUUCUCUUCCCUCUUCCAUUUUCUCCUUCUUCUCUCUCACCUUCUGCUCCACCCUCCCUUUUAUCUGCCCAAUCAUCAGCUCUCCUUUAUUUUACAAAUUAAGGUGGGAAGCAGGUUUACAGAAAUCACUGGAGUGCUGACUCUUUCCUUGUUCAUAACCCCUCAAAGGAGAACAGAUUUAACAUCAAAUAUAAUUAGCCCCAGGGCUAUCCACAACAGUUAAAUGUAAAUACCACUAGUGUGUCCUUGGAUGUUAUAUUACUUUCCUGUUGCUGUGAUAAAAUACCAUGGCCCAGGCUAUUUAUAGUAGAAUGGGUUCAUUUGUGCUGAUGCCUCCAGAGUGGUAAGAUCCCAUUACCACCAAGGUAGGGAAGAAUAGCAGCAGGCAAACAUGGCAGCUGGAACAGUAAACUAAGAGCUAACAUCUUAAACUGCAAGCAGGAUUGAAACAUUAACCCAUCUCCACCCCAUGACAUACUUCCCCCAGCAAGGCCAUAUCUUCUAAACCUACCCCAACAGUGCCAUCAACAGUCUACAGACCCCUGGGCCUGUGGGAGGGGAGACAUGCGCAUUCAGGCCACUACUGCUGUGUCCUGCUGUGCUGCUCCUUGUGUUCCGCCUUUUACACGAUCACAUCUAGGCAUCUGUAGCUCAACUGGGUGACAAAACACUGAGAUGCCCCUUCUUUGGGCUCCUUCUCCAGGUAAAUGUGUCACCCAAUUUGAGAUCAACAGCUUCAACAAAUAAAUGAAAAUAGUGCCAGCAGGCAGGGAAGCUAUCCAGGUCAGUAGAUGCAAAUCAGCACGUGGCAAGCAAAGGGUCUUUACAUUGCUAAGUUUCUUUUCAAUUCUUAGGGACAGUUUCAGGUGAAAAGUCAGGGCAAUUAAGCACUCUGUGAGAGUCCAGUUUCUCUCAAUCUCUCCCUCCCCCUCCCCCUCUCCCUCCCCUCCUUUCCCCUCCCCCCACCUUUUCAAUUUGUUUAUUUAGUGUAUGAUUUCCUAUCCAUUUGAUAUCUGGGAAAAUAUAAGGGCCCUAAGCUUAGCGUGGUUAUUAGAAGAAAGGCAUCCAUAGUCUCAACUGCUGCAUACAUGCCAGACCAACACUAGACAAGGUAGGGAAGGGGGCUUUGUCACAAUGGCCACUAGGGGCCAGUGGUAACGCUUGCUGUAAGCCUGUCAAAAGGACUAUAAGCCUUGAAUGUCAGUCCUCUCAUUUGAAAGCCAAGUCAGAGAUUGGGAAUGCUUUUGCCUUUUGUGCUAUGUCUUUUUCAGGCAGUUUAGAGGCAGGCAGAGAUAAUUCCCUUUAGGAACAUAUUAGUGGGAGAUUGAUAUGAAAAUUAAAAAAAACACAUUUUACACAUUCAUAAACUGGAAAUACUAGUAACUCAAAAUGAUUCACAUGGACAGAACUUCACACCUGCACAAGUCCUCUUCACAGAUGAACAGUGUGUGUGUGUGUGUGUGUGUGUGUGUGUGUGUGUGUGUCUGUGUGUGCAAGUGUAAGUGUGUAUAAGAAAGAGUAUGUAUAUGAGUUUGUGUGUAUGAAUGUGUACUCGUACACAUGUGUCUUAGAAGAGAACAGUGAGAAAUAGGAGUGUGGAAUUCAGUGAUGAAGGGACCAUUCUCAUAGAUAUAAGAGCAAGUUAGAUUCUUAGCUCAAUUUUACCUGUUAAAGCAGGACCCUAUAAGCUUAUAUGGGUAUUAAAUUAAACAAUAUUUACAGAGACAUGUGAAGUGUCAAAUAAAGGAAGGCGAAAUUUAUUGACUUGGGUCAGAGUCUCUGUGGUCUCUGAGUAAGAGGAAGACUCUGAUAUCUUUGGGGACAAAAGUUCUACCCACUUCUUACAAAAGGAAACAAGUAUGCAUCCCAGUGAUGGAAUGAGUUUAGUACCUGGCUGGGUCUCCUUCCUGUUCUCCCGUGCCCUCAAAGCUGAUUCAGCAGGGCUCAGCUACCAGCACCCUUUCCCACAAGGAAGCUUGCCUCUUCAGGUUUAGCUUAUUUCUCAGGGAUUGAAAAAUUCUCUGUGGUCAUGUCUCUUGGUAUCACCUUGAUGUUAUCUUUGCAACACUCUGAAUUGUUUUCUCUAUGUGACCUUAGGACAAGAGGCAGAACAAAAUUUAGUGGCUGAGGAAUGGGGUGUUUUGCCCUUGCAUUUGGGAUCACAGAAGUCCCCGACUUUUCUGAGCUGUGUAGCCACUCACUAGGCCCUCCAAGGGAAUUUGCAUGAAAGAAGAUGGUUUAAGUAGAAAAAAAAAAAAAAAAUAUAUAUAUAUAUAUAUAUGUCUGUUUUGAUACAGAGGCCCAAAUGCCUGGUUCAAUAUGCUCACUAAAUUGAACUUGACCUGCUUUCCUGUGGGUGAGAAGUUGGGUCAGAAUUGUCUCUUUUUAAAAUGUGUUGUUGGAAAAAUCAACAGAUUUAGCAGUUCAUGAGAAUCUUCCAUUUGUCCAAAUGUGCUACUUUAAACUCCCGAACAUCACAUAAAUGAGGCUCCAGGGAAAAGCCUAACCAGAGAUUACUACAAAGUGAAGCACACGGCUUUUAGACUGAAUGAGACCAGGAAAAUUGUGCCAGUAAAGCAAAAAUCCUACCCAACACCUUCUAUUUUCCUGUACUGAGAAUAGAACUGAGGCCCGUCUUGGUAGGCAAGUAUCCACCACUGAGUUACUUUCCUGUGGUGGUUCGAAUAAGAAUGGCCUCCGUAGGCUCAUGUGUUUGAAGGCCUGGACAUCAGGAAGAAGUAUUACUUGAGAGUGAUAGGGAGUUCUGGCCUUGUUAGAGUAGGUGUGGCCUUGUUGGAGGAAGUGUGUCACUGGGGGUUGGCUUUAGGGUUUCAAAAUCCCAUGCCAGGCCCAGUAUCUUUCCCUUCCUGCUGCCUGUGGAUCCAGAUGUAGAACUCUCAGCUAUUUCUCCAGUCCCAUGUCUGCCUGCAGGAUACCAUGCUCCCUGCCUUGAUGAAAAUGGACUAAACCUCUGAAACAGUAAGCAAGCCUCAGUUAAGUGCUUUCUUUUAUAAGAGCUUCGUUAGUCAGUGUUCACACUUACUAAGACAAUUUUAUCCCUAUUUUUAUUCCAGUAACAUGUUUCUGGAAAUUUCCCAGAAGCAGAAGGGACCUUGGGAACAUCAGUGUGCCCCUCAUCCAAGGCUCUAUUGCCAAGUGGCUGGCUGCAUCUAUUGGCGUUAGUGAAUUUCGUGUAUACAUUGCUUCCUAUCCUUGGGUUUUAAAGGAAAUAGAGCCAGGGGGCGAUGGCGCACGCCUUUAAUCCCAGCACUUGGGAGGCAGAGGCAGGCAGAUCUCUGAGUUCAAGGCCAGCCUGGUCUACAGAGUGAGUUCCAGGACAGUCAGGACUAUAAAGAGAAAAACAAAAAAAAAAACAAAAAAAAAAAAAAAAAAAAAGGAAAUAGAGAGCAGUCUGCAGCAGAGGUCAACCUCAAUGAGGAAACCUGGGCCUCCAUAGGUUCAUAUAUUUGAAUGCUUGGACAUCUGAGAAAUACCCAUCCUGCUAAUGCAGGAGUUCUUGUACUCAUAGAGACCCAGGUACAGGGAGGGAGGUGGUGCCACUAAUCCUAGAUUUUACUAAAUAUAAGAUUGCCAGUUUCUAGGUAUGCCUGUUUCAAGACAGAUCACUUUUUCUGUGAAAUACUGCCACGUUCUCUCUUGGACAUAUACAGACCGGAGAUGUAUCUGUGGGGCAGAGAAGGGAAAGAGAUAGGCAUGUGUGGAGCCCCAGAUGAGAACUUAAAAGCAUUCAGUGGGUACUAGGGAGAGUUGAGACUCAGAGCCCAAGCACUGCUCUAGGGCCUUUCUGGGAACCUCCAUCACAGGCCACUGUGCCCUGGGUGCACUCUCCAGGUUAUAGGCAGCCUGUGCCUUCAUGCUGUCUUCAGUAGAGGGUGGAAAGAGAGGUAGGGUCACAGAAAGGGUAAGCAGAAAAGAGUGGAGAGCCACUUCUGAGAUUCAGCACAGGAAAAGAUCCCCCGGCCCCCGCAUUUUGAAGUAUAAUCCUAGUGGUCAGUGUGGAGCCCUGUUGAUAGGUGUGUGUGUGUGUGUGUGUGUGUGUGUGUGUGUGUGUGUGUCCUAAAAUCUGGAGACUCAUGAAAUUGUACAGGCUGGAACCCUUACCACUGCACUACAGCUAAGUUGCAUUAACUGAUUUCAAGCAAAACAGUUAUCCCAUAGUCCAGUCACACUCCAUCCCACUGUAGUUUAGAGGGUUGGUUAAACUUGUCCCUAGGUACCACACCCAUCUCAACCAUGACGAGGGAGCAUUAGACCGAGUUGUAGACAUAUCCCAUUGUAUCAUGCCUCUCUAAGUUCAGAGCUUUUGCUCAUGCUAAAAGGUAUCUUUCCAUAAAAUUAAAUUUCUAAUUGACGUAUUUGUACAUAUUUAUGACUAUUACAGAUAAUAAACUAUACGUGCUGUGUAAUUGUCAAUUCAAGUGAUUUCUAUCUUGUAUUAGUGAGUUUUCUAUUGCUAUGAUAAAACAUUAUGGCCAAGACAACUUAUAAAAGAAAUUUGUUUAACUGGGUUUACAGUUAAACAAGAGGGUAAGGGUCCGUGAUGGUGCAGGGACGCCAUGGUAGCAGAACAGCAGCCGAGAGCUCUCAUCUUUACCCACAAACAGGAAGCAGAGAGCAUACUAGGGAUAGUGGGGUGCUUUGAAACCUAAAGUCAGCUCCCGUGACACACCUCCUCUAACAAGGCCACACCUCCUAACCCUCCAAAAGACCACCAGUUGAGGACCAAGUAUUUAAAUAUGUGAGCCUUUGAGCGCCAUUCUCAUAGAAAACACCAGACAUCUUCAAAACGUUUGACAUUUCAUGUGCUGGGAACCUUCAGACCUUCCAGGUCCUGCAAAUUACAUCCUGAAUAGUAGUAACCCUCUGUAGAUACCCACUGUGCCGUAGAACGCUAGAGCCAAUCCCUCCUCUAUAGUUGUGCCAUCAUCCAUCUGUGAGGAUGUGAGUCUCCAUGGGGUUCCUUCUGAUCUGUCCACACCAGGGCCUUGGCACUUGCCACAGAUGGUCACAGCAGUGUUCCUGUGAUUCAGGUUUUCUGUAGAAAACUCCUGAGAUGAGGCCAGAAGCCUAAGCCAGCCAAGCUCAGGCUGCAAUGCCAGUUCUGUUGUUCUGUGUGGAGGCCUUAGAGCAUCAGAACCAGGCACACAGUGGCUUUUCACUUGAGCUAUAGCUCCUGGUGCCUUGAAUAAGAGACGAGGGGAUGGCUCCAAGAUUGCUGUGCAGGGAGGGUGAUGUAUCGAUCUUAUUUGUGGAGAACUUUGAGCCAUUAGUGACUUAAGGACAAUAAAUAACAGGAGUCAAAUGCAAUGAACAAAGUUUUUUUUUUUUUUUCAGUUUUAAGAGUGUUUUGUGAGUUUAGAAAAAUUAAAAGGAAAAUGAUUUUUACUUUUUAUCAUUUACCUUAGGAUUUUGAAACAGCACAGAUUAAUAUGGAAGUUGCCUCUUCACUUGCUCCGAGCAGUCAGCACAGUUAGUGGCAAGACACUUUGUGGCCCAUAAAUCAGAAAAUGGGAGCUCCAGUCACUGUCCACUGAAUGACCUGGAAGGUCAGGCUCCUCUGAGCAGCAUUUGUCUCCUCUAGAACACAAUUUCUGGUUAUGUAGAUUAGUAACUUUCAGCUCUCCAUUCUCGUGGUCUGAAACCACCCUUCAGUCAGAUCUUACCCACAAAGAUGGCUGACCUUUCUCUAGCUAGAGGGGUUUCCUGAGGUGCCUAGAGCCCAGUGAGCUGGGCUCCCAUGUUAAUUCUAGACCAGGGAGCUAGGAACUCCCUGCAGUGGUUCCCCAGCUCCCAGCAAGGCUUGGGUUCAGGCUGGAGUAAAUUGACCUGAAGUCAUUGUAGUACUUUAGUACCAGAGAGAUGACAGUUAGCUUCAAAUGUCCGAUAAGUAUACAAAUAACCACGACUGUGUUCAUUCCUUCAUUUUUCUAUAAAAUAUUUUUGCAUAUGUGAGGUAUCAUGUGUACCUGAGAGCAUUCUUAAUCUCACAGCACAAAUCUACCCUAGCAGUAACUUUCCUUCUAAUGUGAAUCUUGGCAUAUAUAACGUGUAGUUGAAUACCAUUAUUCUUUUCUAGCAAAAUGAAGAAGAGCACACUGUUAGCACAUGAAGCUUGUAUGAUACAGAGGCACGUCACAUAUGUACAAUUUGUCAUCACACUAUGAGAACCCUGAACCUUCCCUGUGUAGAUGACAACUUUUUUGGAGUAUAUGUGUGUGUGUGUGUGUAUACACGUAUUUUUAAUCUAAAUUUAUAAUAAUAACAAAUUUAUUAUGUUAUAAAUAUUUAUAUAAAAGAACCUCCUAUACUAUGAAUUUAGGAUUUACAGGCAUUAUGAUUUCUCUUGGUUUCCAGUCAUACAUUUAAAGUAGUUCAAUAAUCUCAUAUUUCCUAUUUACACUCCCAUACAAUGUUCUCAUGUGCAUAUUCUCUCUCUUUGCCUUCCUCCCCCACCAGCACACAGAUACACACACACACACACACACACACACACACACACACACACACACACACAAUUUACCCAUAGAAAAUCUUAGCACAAACCAAUUUCCUGUAAUUUGUUUAUUUUUUAAAAUACUACUAUUACUCCAAUAAUGAAGCUUUGUGCCUUUUGAGAAAAUAUCUGCAUGUCUGUGAUGGCACAUUAAGUGCUAGUCUGGAUGAAAACUGCUGGAAACAGUCCAGCGCUGUCUUGUGGAGCCUCCAGCUGUUUAGAACUGCAUUCUGGGGGUCCUGAUUUCUGGGGCCUCCUGCUGCCACCUGCUGUUGGAAGGGAGCCAGUCAUUGCUGGUCCUGUAGGCCUGUCUGACUGGUGUGGGCAGAGCACCUUCCCCCAGCCCCAGUGCCCAAGAGCCACAGGCAGGCUCUGUCCUUGCAUCUUUUGCACCCAAAAGCAAGCAGGAGGCUGACUCAGGUCCAUGCUCUGCCUUGGUUCUGCCCCAGUGCCCCAGUGAUUGUUCCUUAGGAGAACUAAUUGUAGGGUGGGGUUGCUGGUUGUAUCCACUUUCUGUAACAAUUUGUAGAAGCCUAAUUCUGUUCUUUUCAGAUAAUGAAAUUGCAGGAUAAUAGGCAGUAUUCGAGGGGAGGUGGGAGGGAGGAAGAGAGAGAGAGAGACAGAAACUGAAAUUGAGCUUGAUUUAUUUCUAUUUCUUGUUUCUAUGCCUAGCAUGUGAAGGCCCCAGAACUCCAUUAGUAGACUGGUAGUACUCUGGAGCCUGGAUUAUCUGCAGAAUGGCUGACUCCUGUCAGUAGAAGUGAACAGUUAGUUCAGCCACCUGCUUGUCAGAAGUCUCAGGAACAAUCACACUAAGCCCUGGGCCUCCUUUCCCUUGGGUAGGACUUAGGUAUGGUAUUGCCGUCCCAACACUCACAGCUUAUACCUCUGGUAAUAAGAAAUUUCUGUGACAAGGAAGAACCUGGAAACAGAAGACUAGACUGGGACCCCGGCCUGGCUCUGUGAAACAAGAACAGGAACCUUGGGGCAGCCCUCAGACAGACUGAGAUAGGCUCUUUUCUCUGUCCUUGCUAGCAGUGUUGCUGGGUCCUAAAAGUCAUAUAGUCCCACAUCCCCAAGACCUCUCUCACAUGGUAAGCUCUAGACUUGGCAUCCCUAAGAUGCUCAGUAUGCUAAAUACACAGGGUAAGACUGUGACACAAGGGUCCCUAGAAAUAGAUUGGCUCAGAUGGACCACAAUCUGCUUGUCUGGGUAGGCCUCAGGUUCAACAGGUCAGAUUUUUACAGUUUCUGGGGUUCUUUGUCAAGGAGUAGACAUACUCUGAACUUCCACAUCAGCCCAGCCAGGGACAUUCAGGUCCUAUUCUACAUUCCUACCCAUUGUACUUCCAGCCCUUCCAUGACAUUCCUCACCUCCACCAGGAGUGAUUUUAGCUUCCUCUGGAAUACCCAUCCAUUGGUCUGUCCUUCCAUCCUUCAGUCUAGCCUUAUCUGAAGUCCUGUGCUAAAAAUCUGGUACCCUCUAAUGAACAAAAUCUUCUGCCCAUCUUAUAUUUCCAUUGGGAUGGUGGUGGAAAUGAAAAGUGCCCUAACAUAAAUGCUGACUGUGAGAAGGAGACACAGAGCCAACAUAGCUAGUAUAGAUGGCCGCCCAAAGACUGACUGCUGUUUUUGUGUAUAAAGGGUGGGUUUGUGCUAAUGACACAAAGAAGGAAAAGAAUACUACUUGGGCAACAAGAGCAGUCUGUAGAGGAAAAAUGGCUGGAAUUGAGAACAUAGGAAAUCCCCCCCUGGGGUUUGGGUUGGUGUGGGCUGCACUGGGUGGGGCUCUGCCCUGGGGUAGGAGGUGGAGUAAUGUCUUCAUGGGUCUGGGAAUGCAAAAAACAGUUUUCCCUGCUAUAGGAGAGAGCUCCUUUUGCUUUAGAUGGGAAACUGUUGGCUUUGGCAGUGUGUCAAGUAGGCUGGUGCUCAUCAUCCCAGGAGAGGUACUGUUUGGCCCAGAUAUAUACUUGAGACUCAUUUCUGCCUCCUCUCUACCCUGUGGGUCCAAUCAGACCUGCUGCAUGGUACUGAGAACUUUACUGGUAUAUCCCUAGGUUUGAGUCCUUGAAACCAUGGUAUAGCACUUGCUUCCUAGUCAGCGUAUUAGUAUGCUUUCAGUUAUUGUAACACACAUCAGAAGCAACUUGGAGAGGGAGAAGCUUUUUUUUAAUUUGGCUUUUACUUCCAUGUCACAGUCCAUCAUUGAGGGAAGUCAAGGCAAAAACACAAUCAAACCAGAGGCCAGACAAUGGAGGAAAGCUGCUUAUUGGCUUUUGUUCUUUGCUUUGCUCAGCUUUCUUUUGUUAUAUUAACCAAGGACCACCUGCCCUCCCACUUCAAUCAUUAAUCAAGAAAAUCCCACUCCAGACUUUCCUAUAGGCUUCCCUGGUAGAGGCAUUACAUCAGUUGGGUUUCCUCUUCCCAGAUAACUCUAGUUUAUAUUAAGUUGACCACAAACAAACAAACAAACUGACCAUCCCACUUAGUCACAAGUCCUUGCUGUGAAGGGUCUGUGAUGCUGUGUUUCCCAAGUAUGGAGGGUAUAUGUAGGCUCAACAUCUGGAUAGAUGGAUGGAUGAAUGGAUGGAUGGAUGAAUGGACAGAUGGGUGAUAAGUGUUAGCUAACUGUACAAAAGGGAGAGAACAGACUUGGAUUUCAGUCACUAUUCUAUCAUUUCCUGUCUAUCUUAUUAUAAAUAAUUAACAUUACUCUCAUUUUCAGUUUACUCAUCUGAAAGUGGGGCUAAGUUUGAUCUAGUGCUAAUGUUAGAGAAUGACAUGAGGCAGUGUAUGAUAACUCAUGAUGAAGCAUGAGAACUGCAGAGCACGCCUUGUAGUUACUGUGCUGAACAGACUCUGCAAGUUCCAAGAGGCAGCAAGUCCUACCUGAAGUCCCUCAGCACCAUCAACAGGAGUCUGAUGUCUGAUACCCAAGGCUCCCCUUUGGUGAGCAACUGCUCAUGGAAGACAUCUAUUCAUAUGCCUGGGUGUGUUAUUUAUAGUCAUCUGUACACAAAUACCAUGCCAAAUCUCAGCCUGUCAGAACUUUGUGCCAGCUUCCCCAUUGCCUGUAGCUUCUGGCCUAAUAAACAUCAUCUCUGUUUCUGUGAAUUAGGUGUUCCUGGAUCCGAGUUUAAUGUGGGUGCCCUUGCUAACCCAAAGGCCAGAUUGGCUUGUAUGUGAAGUGAUACUAGACCUCUUAGUGCUACCUGUAUCUUUAGGCCACUGCCCUCCUUGGCCUGAGACAUGUUGACUGAAGGAGAGCUCUGUGUUCUGGGACAAACGGUAGUCAACCAGGUAUUUGGAAAAAAAACAAAACAAAACAAAACAAAACAAAACAAAACAAAACAAAACAAAACAGAAGUAAGCCAGCAGCCUGGUAGCUUAAAGGGUAGGCAUUUAUCUUUCUUGCAUCUAAAAGCAGCAAACAGGGCUGGAGAGAUGGCCCCGAAAUUAAGAGUACUGACUGCUUUUCCAGAGGUCGUGAAUUCAAUUCCCAGUGACCACAAUGGUAGCUCACAACCAUCUGAUGGGAUGGGAUGUGAUGCCUUCUUCUGCUGUGUCUGAAACAGCUAGCUACAGUGAACUUAUGUACAUAAAAGCAGAAAACACAAGGUCAGUGUGUAGGUGAAUUUUGUGUCCAGUGAGAAGCUGCUUCUAUCCUUGCUGACAGAUGCCUUCUUCCUGUGUCUCCUUAUGUGGCCUGUCUGCCUUGCAUGUGCAUGGAGUUGAAGAGAACAUUCUUCUUCCUGGGAGAGAGCUAAUUCUGUCCUGAGGCUCCUAUUCUCAUGACUUCAUCUAAGUCGACCACUUCCCAGAAGUCCCUUCUUCAAACACAGUUGUGUUGAGGGACAUAAGCAUUCAUCCUAAGUCCAUCAGGCAGGGGCCAGACAAUGGAGAAUCUUGCUUCCUUCAACAAAUGUUUUCUCAUGUACACGUUAAGAACAAUUAUGGGGCUGUCCAUCCUCAACAGCCUCUACAGCCACACUGACUUAAUUACCACCACCAUAGGCCUACUGUAGCUUGAGCCACCUGUAUCCAAUGUGGGGUAGCUUUAGGCCUCACCACUCUAACUCUUGGGUCAUGUUUGGGGGGUUGGGUCCCUGUGUUGGGGCAUCUUGGGAAAAGAGGUCACAGUUCUCCCUUAGACAUGGAGAGGCCUACAGUUUGCCCACUGGCCCAGUAGACAGUCCUUCAAGCAUGGAGUCUCAAUAGCAAUAGGAGCCCACAGUAGGUGGCCUAUUUCUAGGCCCCCUGCUGACUCUCAGUCAUUGGAGGCCAAGGAAGCAAAACACCCAUUGCACGUGUUCUGCCAUCCUCACACUGUGAGCUAGCAGGGACUGUGGCCAGGCUUCACUGAGCUACACAGUAUUCUUCCAGCAUACCCGAGGCUGGAGCAUGUUUCCUGGGGUCAUCUUCCACUCAACUUAAGUUCUUCCCUGCCUCACUCUUGCUACAGCUUAGGGGCAUCGAUACCUGAGAGAUACCAUCUGUUCUGUCCUUUGCACUCCCCAAACAUCUUCAUAAUACUGCUGUACCAGAGGUUGCUUUUAUCUCUUUACCUGUUGAUCUUAUUCUUGUUGAUGUUGGACAUGACACUUAGAUUGUUCUUGUACUAGGCAUACAUUCCUUCACUUUGUAAUCUUGGUCUGUAAACUCUAACUUGUCUACAGAUACAUUCUUGGCACCUAGAUAGCAAGUGCACAGUGGGGCUUGGUAGUAUUUAGCAAGUGUUUUUUGAGUGAAAACUUUACAACCAUGGGUAGGGAAUCAAGCAGCUGUGGGUAUGCAUCACUUUUUCAAAAAUAUCAUCUGUAAAAUGGUGCCACCUCCAGUCCAAUUGUUGGUAUAAUCAUGAAUGUUAUGGGCCAUGCACCUAUUGAAUUCACCGUGUGUUAAGAUUUCUAAUCCCUAGAACCCUUGAUGUGACUCCAGUGACAUUUGGGUCUUCAGAAUUGUACAGGUGCCCAUCCAAAGCCACAUGUUUCACAUGUACAGUUUCCACGAAACAGACAAACACCAUUUAAAUUUUUACUGUUAUACACAGUUGUAUGGGCAUUGGCAUAUUCAUGGUGGUCACAAGAUAGCUCUCUCCUUCCACCACGUGGGUUCCAGAGAUCAUCUCAGGUUCUGAGAUGUGCAGGCAAGUGUCUAUACCCACUAAGCAAUCUCUCUAGCUCAAGUCAAAAUAUUUUCAAAAAUUGCAUCUAUAUAAAACAUUUACACUCUUCUCUUGACAUCAUUUCCUAAGCACUGUGGUAAGCACAGUAAAAAUUUACAUUGUAUUCAUUAUAACUCACGGACAGUUAAAAGAUACAAAAUAGAUUAUGGGUCUCUGCAUCUCCUUCCAUCAACUACUGCCUCAACUGAACCAUGCUAGGCUCCUAUCUGAAAGCAGAGCAGAAAAUCAUUAAUAGUAUCAGGGGUUGGCUUUCUCAAAUGGGAUGGGUCUCAAGUUGGGGCAGUCAUUGGUAGGCCAUUCCCUCAAUCUCUGCUCUAUUUUUAUCCCUGUACAUUUUGGGUUGAAGGUUCUGUGUGUGGGUUGAUGUCUCCCUUCUUCCACUGGAAGUCCCACCUAGCUAUAGGAGAUGACCAUGCUCGUCACCAUAUUCCCUGGGGCUCCCUGCUCAGGAAGCCUCGUGGAAGAAUGGAGAAUAAAAUUGAGCAAACUAGAAGGGUCAAGGAAGACCUGCAGGGUCAACUAACCUGGACCCAAGGGGUCUCACAGAGACUGAACCAAUAACCAGAGAGAAUGCAAGGGCAGCACAUUUGUAGCAGGCAGGCAGUUUGGUCUUCAUGUGGGUCCCUUAUAACUGGAACUAGGGCUGUCUCUAACUCUGUUGCCUGUCAGUGGUUUCCUACAUAGACUGUGUGGUUGGGCCUCAGUGGGAGAGAAUAUAUUUAGUCCUGCUAUGAUAGAUGUCCUAGGAUGGGGUGGUGCCCAAGGGGAGCUGUACCUUCUCUCAGGAGAAGAGGAGGGAUAAAGGGGAAAGGCAUUUGUCAGGGUGGUACUGAAAGGAGAGGAGGAAGUAGGGCCUGUGAACAGGAUAUAAUGUGAAUGAAUAAUAAAUAUAUUAUUGAAGUAAAAAAAGAGAAAUAGAAUGGCUGGCAUGCUGGCACAUGCCUGGAACCUCAGAUCUCUGGAAGGAGAAAUUGAUGAAUCGCAACAAAUCUGAAGCCAUCCUGUAUUCCCUACAAGCUCCAGGCCAGUCAGGGAUAUGUAGUGAGACCCUAUCUCAAACAAACAAACUAUAGCAGGGGGAGUGUGUGAUAUAAAUAUAAACACUACACAAUGCUAUAAGGGACUUGAACAUUCACAGAAUUCAAAGUCCCUUUGAAAUCUUAGAUUCAAUCCUUUUAAGGUGCAAAAAGGGGCAUUGUAAUUAUAUUAAAAUGAUGCCACAUAGUGAACCCUCAGACAGGCAGCAGACAGGGUCAGAUGAAGAUUUGGUUUAUAGAAAUCAUGAGAGAAGCCAACUUUGCCAGCGCUGUGGUCUUCCACUUCCUGCCUGCAUAUCUAUGAGAGAAAUGCCUGGUGCUGGAUCCAUCCAGUCUGCCGCACCCUGUGUGGCUACACUACCACAGCAAUGCAGUGUUCUGUGGGGAAUGCUCUGGGCUGAAGUGUCAGAACACUGGGCACAUGAAGAUAUGCCCAGACUGGCACUUUCUUCAGACUUUUGGCAGUUGCAGUACAUCUUUUGUUUGUGGAGCUGGAAGCUUAUAAUUUGUAAGCAUGAGUUGAAAUUUGGGAUUAAAUAGAGGAGAUAAAAGGCAAUCACUUUCUUUGGAGUGCAAGACAUGUCUUCUACUGAUGUGACCCAAGCAAUAAAUAGUACUGCUCAUCAUACCUCCUGCCAUGUGCAUGUUUCAUCAUGGAAACAGCACAGUGGGGGAGGAAAGAAAGGGCAGAUGCUGGGGAGCUUGUCCUCCAGGAAAGGAGACAGAAAGGCCAUGAGGAGAGAACAAAACUGAGAGGGCUGCCAGACACCUGAGCUAAGCAGACCUCCUGGGAGUCAUGUGGGACUAGAAAGGGACUCCUACUCAAGUUCUUACACGUUGCUUUGAGGAGAACGUCUUUAGCCAGUGCAGUGCAGUGUUGAUACGGCCUGGUCUGCGGUAUUACAGAAGAGACAGGGAAGAUGUUACACUAAAGGAAAGUUAUGGAACCAGGCUUCAUCUAGCCCAGCAUGUCUCCCACCAGGGCUCAGGAACUCGCUCCAGGAAGGGGUCGGAGUUGUUCAGCCUGUGGAGAUUUUCUCAGAUGGCCUCUAGUGCCGAAGAAGAGCUGAAGAGAACUUUGGUUUUUGGACAGUGAGGAGUAUGUUCUAGAGUUGCUGUCAUGUUCCAACUUUAAAGAGUUGCUGUCAUGAGUUGCUUUAAGUUCCUUAGUUGUGACUGUGCUGAGAAUAAAGAAGAAUACAAGGACCAUGGGACAUAUUGGUGAACUUAUUUGUUCUUGAAGAAUUUAUGUUUUCAAUUUAGAUAACAUUUGUACUCCAACAGUUGGGGCCUGAGACAGGAGGGUUGCUAAUUCAAGGCCAACCUGGACAACAUAGUGAGGCUAUGUCUCAAAAAAUAUAUAUUUACAAUCGUAUAAAUGAAUAUUCAAAACAGGCCACUUCUGAGAGGGAAGGAGCAGUGUUGGCAAUUUUCUGUUCCAGGAGAAUUAGGCAUGUUGUCAGACCAUUAUAAAGUAGAUAGCUUAUGUUUAGAUAAUGAAAGGUCAGCUAGAAAAUGAACCGUCUGCAGUGUGAUAGUGCUUCUUUGCUCCAGAUAUCUCACUGGAUAUCCAUGCUCACUGGGCCCUCAACCAGAUAGAACAAAAUGCAAAAAGCAUUCAUGGUUCUUAAACUCAUUUUAUUCUCCACUCUGAAACUCCACAUUGCCUAUGGAGGGCAAGAUUCAUGAGACCUUGUGACUGUGAAAAGGCUGCCAGGGAAACUGAGGCUAGAACAGAACAUUAACAGGAGGGUCAAGAGAUUCUGGAAGAGUCUGGUGACCCUGCCCAGAGGUGAGGUACUUUGUUACUGGGUAUCAGGCUGCCUUGGAAAAGUCUAUAGUUUUAAGGAGUAACAUACAAGAAUAGUAAUAAACUCAAUGUCAUAAUUUACUGAUUCAAUGAUGACACUCUACUACCCCUUGAGUUUCACUGAAUCCACACUAAAGUCCAGGAGAUAUUCAUGAGUGGCCAGCUCGGCUGUGCAUGUGCAGACUACGUGGUACCAUUCCCUUGUAUGAGUCCUUUGCUUGUGGGAAAGAUCUUCAGGAGCAUUAUUCUUGACUUUACAGUCAAGAGAGAAGGCAUUAGAAGUGAAAAUAACACAGACACAGCAACAGGACAUAGGCAUGAUGAUGAAGCAAGAACUUGUAUGCUUCCAGUGAGAAUCAGUGUCUGAGUGGAAUCCAAGAUGGGAGAUAUCCUACAAGAACUGGGAUCUCUGUUCCAUUUUGUAACACAGACAAGAAUAAAAAAAAAGGAAUUGCCACUAUCACCUAGCUUACUGGAGAGUGUUGGUAGUUUGAAAUAUUGUCUGUCAUGGGGUUUCUAAUGCUAUGUGGUAAAACACCAUGACCAAAACCAACUUGGGGAGGAGAGGGUUUAUUUCACUUAGUCUCCCCCAUUACAGCCUAUCACAGAAGGAAGUAAGGGUAAGAACUGAUGCAGAGGCCAUGGAGAAAUGUUGUUUACUAGCUUGCACCCCAUGGCUUUCUCAUCCUGCUUUCUUACAGCAUCUAGGACCACCGGCCUAGGGUGGCACUACCCACAGUGAGCUAGGAUCUCCCACAUCAAUCAUCAAUUGAGAAAAUGCACUACAGGCUUGCCCACAGGACAGCCUGGUAGGACAUUUUUUUCCAAAUGAUUCUAACCUGUGUCAAGUUGACAUUAAUUACCAGAUAGCACACUGUCUUAGAAAACAUUCAACAGUCACCUAUCAGCUCCUGAGGUCAUAUAUAGGAUUCCAAGAAGAUCAAGUUUCCUAUGAUGUACCUUGGAUCAAACUUCUCUGAAGUCUUUACACAUUGACAUUGAUUAUAUCUUUUCUUUUUCAUGUGUAUGUAGGAGUAAUCUUUGAAAAAAAUCACUAUCUAAAUCCAAAUAUAAAACAGAAAUUUCUAUAUUAGGAAUAGCAUAGAAAGUGUAAGUGAUAUAAAAAAUGGUGGUUCAUCAUAAACUUGGGGGCUUACUUCUUACCUUAAUUCUCAUUUUGUUACAUUGUGGUAUUUUUGAUUAUGGCCAUGAUUUUUCUGUUUCAGUUCUUUUAUGUGUCAAAUUAAUUAGGCUUUAAUACCAAGCCAUUUGGUCAGAAACAUCUGAAUAUAGUUAUAAAAGUUGCUUUGGUUUCUUAAAUAAGUGAUUGAAAUUUAGAUCAGUACAUUUUGAGUAAGGCUCAAUUGGGUAGGCUUCAGCCAAUCAAUUAACUAAAUAUUCUGUGACAAACACACACACAAAAACAGGUCUCCCAAAGCAAAAUGGAAUCUGCCUUAUAGUGGCUUCAAAUUCAGGCUAUAUCUUCAGCUGUUCCAUGGGAAACUCACAAUCUGCCCUUCAUAUUUUGAUCUUGAUUGUUUUCAUAUGUAUGUGAGCUAUUUCCUUAAACUAAGUAGAUAGGUAGAUACACACACACAUACACACACACAGAGAGAGAGAGAGAGAGAGAGAGAGACAGAGACAGAGACAGAGACAGAGACAGAGACAGAGACAGACAGACUGAUGAUACUGCUGCUUCUCCGGAGAGCCUUGGAUAUUGUAGACUUGUCUAUGGUAAGUAUGGUUGAAAAUUGCUGAUUCUGGAUCCAGAUCUCCAAGCCUCAGCUGAAUCUUCUGUAAAGUAAGGCUAUUGUACCAUCUUCACAGAUUUGUCAUGAGGCCUUCAAGACUUCAGACAGUUAAAGCAGUUAUCCAGCAGCCAAUAUUCAAGAAAGAAUGAGUACACUAUAUUUGAGAGAGGAUAUGUGACAAGUGAUGUUAUCCCUUGUUCUCUGAGGAGUUAGAUAUUGUGCUCCUUUGCCUACUGAAGUAAACACUACUGAGUAAGGACUAGGAAAUAAAGUCUCACAGGGGACUGUGUUCCUAAUACCCUUUGUAAAUAGAGCUAAAGUGACAUUUGUCAAACUUUCCAAAAAGGGGGAUGUGCUUCUGUACUGAGUCUCAUAUCAUGGGGCCUGCUGUCCCCAGGAACGUGUGUACUAGGUGCUAAUUGCUACCCUAUAAACACUAGCUACUACUGAAAGAAAUUCUGAGCAUAUCAGCCAGGCUCUCCUUCCAACCUAACAGCUCUGAUUUUUCUCAUCCCCAACUCUUGGGAGCAUGCCCUCCUUCCAGCCAGCUGUGUGUCUUCAGUGGCUAUGGCUGGUGAGGACAUCGGAAGGGGGCUUGCUAGGACUGGUUUUGAGAAAACUGAAAGCACAGUCCAUAGAUGUUCAGGGAGACUCAGCUUUCCCACAAAAGGAGUUGGGUGGAUGAGGAUCCAACCACCAUGUGGUCACCUUUGGACUGGGAGAGGUCUGGGGAUGGGCUAGUGAAUGAAGGCCUCUACCACCAAAUGGUCACUAAGUAGGAGAGGUUAAGGAAGGGAGGGUUAGUGAAUUAGGACCUUGGCCAUCAUAUGGUCAUUGUGUGGCUGGGAGAAGCUGAGAAAGGGGCUACCUAGUGAAGAAGGAGUAGGCCACCAUCUGGUUACUCAGGGGCUGGAAGAGGCUCAGAGGAAAGAUCUAGUGAAUAGGACUUCCACCACCAUAUGGUCACCGUAUGGCUGAGAGAAGCUAGCCAAGGAGCCAUUUCUCUGUACCAAGUCUCUGCCUUGUCAGCUCUCCACCUGGGAGGAGCAGGAGCUCUGCAUUUAUCUAAAUCUCCUUUACUCCCAAGUUGGUCUUUUAUAAGACAGUUUCAUUUUCAAUGCUAAACAUAAUGAAAAUAAGUAGAUUUUAUUGUUUAGAAGAUUCAUAGCAGCAAUAACUUUGCUUUCAUUUCCAUAGAUCUUUAUUCGCAGUUCGACCAGUGACUAGAGAGAGAAAAGGAAAUGACCUGCUAUUUCACUUAAGCUAAAUGCAUUGACUUUUUACAAAAUUAAAUCUUCAGUAAAUUAACUUGUGUGUCUGGGUUUCUUAUAAAAGCCAGGAGAGGUGCUCAUUGUUACUUAUUGUUCACCUGCAGCUUAGGGGUGGCUCUGUCCUCUGUAAACAUUUAUUCCCUCCAGGAGCCAGAGGGGGGGCCUCUGGGCUUUCACCCUGACACUGAGCUAGGGAGAGGUCAGGCAUAGAGUGGUCCCUAGUUCCUGUCAUUCAAGUAUAAGUUCAUAGAAGAGGAUCAGGAUCUUUGAUCCUACUCAGGCUCCGGCAUCUAGAGCAAUGCUGGCAAUAAGUAUCAUAUAUUUAGUUAUAUUUGUUAGAUACAUGAAUCAAUCAUUUACCAAUUUACCCCCAUAGUAUACUAAGAAUGACUGAUUUAAAAACAAAAAACAAAAAACAAGCAACUACUUUACGUUUAAAUAUGUGGUUGAGAUUGCCACUUGCUCUCUGCUUAGUGCAAUAAUCUCUUUAAAGGAACAACUGGCAGCCCAUGAAAGAAGAGCUUGCUUUGAUAGACAUUAAGUAUACCACAAAUACACAGUAAUUAAAAAAAAAUGUGGUCUUGAGGCAAUUACAGACAAAUAGGCAGAGGGAGCUGGGAGACAGACCUUAGUGUGGCAGGAGCUUAAUAUAUAUUAAAACAUAGCCACAAAUCAAUACAGAUUUUAAAUGGAAACUUUAGAAACUUCCUAUAUAGGGGAAAGCUUAUAGAUAAAGGAAAGCAGAACUGGAGUGAUACCAAACCACAUCAAACUGUUAAAAAUAAAGGCUUACCCAUGGAAGACAGGCCUGAGAGCUUAAUCCAGGGAAGCUAAGAUAGGAGGGACUUCUAAAAGAAAGAUUUAAGAGAACAUGUGAUAGAGUCAUUUCAGAAUUAAUAAUCUCAGAUUAAGGGCUCUCUUAGAAAUCAAGUUAAGUGAAAGAUGGGAAUUCCAAGUUAAUAGGAGCCCAGAAGAGCCCAACGGUGGUCAGUCUUCCCUGUCAGCUCGACUUGAUCUAGGAUCUCCUUGUACACUCACUUCUAGGGAUGUUCACGAGAACAUUCCAGGGAGAUUUAACUGAUGGGAGAAGACACAUCCUGAGUAUGGUUGACACUAUCCCAUAGGCCAGGCUUCCAGACUGUUGAAAACAAAGAAGAGAAACAGCACCCGCAUUUCUCCUCCUGUUUCUUGACUGUAGAUGCAAAGUGACCAGCUGUAUUAUGUUCCCACCAGCAUACGUCUCAGUUCUAAUGGACUGAAUCCCUUCAAACUGAGAGCCAAAGCAAGCACCUCCACCCUUAACUUGCUUUAGUCAGACAUUUUACCACAAGAAAAGAAACUAACACAGUAGAUGAAGUAUACAAACAGACAUUUUGAAAAACAGAAAAAUCCCCAGAUUAGAUAGGAAAAGAAAAGUUUCCAAGUCGUUUUUAAUCGGAGCUGUGUGCUUUAGAAAGUAACGAAAUGACCUUUUUGUAAAUCAGAAGGGCAUCUUUUGAACCUAUGAGGGUAGCUGCUAUUGCCAUCCAUGAGACUGAGAAGGGAAGAGGAACUAAUUUCAGCCUGUGGAGUCGUAAGUCAGAGAUUUAGCUAGGCAGAUAUGGUAUGACAUAUGUGGAAAUGUCAGGCAAGUUAGAUGUUGACAAUGCAGAGCUUCAGAGAGGCAUUAGAGCUGAGGGUGACUCUGUAGCCUUCCCUCUACUCUGCAUGCUGUCUCAGGCCUUUAGCAAGGGAAGCAGUGAGGAGUGUGUUCAUGAAAACAGGAAGCCCCAGCUGAGCUCUGCAGUGAAGAUGCAGGAAGUCUGGGUGAACGCAGAAUGUCAAGAGUGCCCAAGGAAGGCAGUGUUUCAGCAGGGGCAUGUCUGUAAUACCCUUGAAGGCUAAUUAAUAUAAGACACACUUGGUGGCUGAUUUUAGAAACCCACGUCAGACAGCACAAAGCUGAAUAGAAAGCCUUCAGAUGCUAUGCUGGUCUGGGACAUUUGGUACCUUACUCAUCUGUCACAUGCCUGUGUCACAGCUAUCUGUGCAGUUCCUAGUCUUCCAACAAAAACAGAGAUGGAAGCCUUCAUUUGACUCCUACUCAAAAGGAAGGACAUAGCAGUCAACCCAAAACACAAGGAAAGGUAGAGUAGAAAAUGUGAAAAAUUUAAGCAAGAUCACCAGCCCACUUUCUAACACAGCUUACCUUUACAUCGACCACUUAAAUCACUUAGGCACUCACAGUUAAAAAGAUCAGAAUUAGUACCUAAAGCGUCCACUCAGCCCAGUAUUUCUCCCAUGGUCACUCAGGGUAAAUAUUACCAGGAAGAACCUCAACCAUCAGAUUCUUAUAGCAUUUCCAUGGGCAUUGGUACGUCUCCAUUCCCAAAGCCUCCGGGAUUUCUGCAGGGCAGACAGUGUCAUCAUUAGCAGAUGGUGGCCAGUGAGCUCAGAGGAUAUGCAGGACAUGAGUCAGUUGUCUCAUCUGAGUGGCUGCUAUGACAUUGACUGGGAGGCCCCUCAUGACUACAUUCUACAACUGAGAUCACAUGUUAAGUCCAGAAAUUCCCCAUCAAGGGUCAGACUCACCCUCCUCCUGAUCUUCAGGGGGCUUUUAAUUUUCUUUUGCUGGUUUUUAUUUUAUUUAAGCUAUUUUGUCAUAUGUCCCUUCCACUCUCCUUCCUUCCUAUCUUUCCUCUUUUGUUCCUUUUAUCCUUUUAUAUUUAACUUCUCAUUUUAAUUAUUUUAACUACAAUAUUAUAUUAUUUCUUCCUUCCUUUUCUUCCCUACAGCCCCUUCCACACACACCCUACUCCCUCUCAAAUUCAUGGCUUCGUUUUCUUUGAUUGUUGUUACACACACACACACACACACACACACAGAGAGAGAGAGAGAGAGAGAGAGAGAGAGAGAGAGAGAUCCUAAACAUAUAGUCAAAACCUGAUCUCUUUGGUUUAAGCCCCUCCUUUGAGGACAUCCAUGUUCCUGUCUAUAAAUAAAUGCUUUGAGAUGCAUUGGGAGGGGGCAGUAAUGGGGGGGGGGUGGAGUUAUCAGAGUGUGCACUACAUGUAGACCUGAAGUGUCAGCACAGCCUAGGCCCUUGAGAGAAAUACAUAUUCAAGGAUUUCUCUAGAGUUUCUGGGGGCAGGCCUUAGACUUUGGUUUCCUGGCCCUCUAGGACUUCUGGUGCCCACCAUAUGGAUAUUGAUUUCCCUGGGUUGCAUAUGGCCAAAAUGACUGAAACCAGAGCAAUUCUGAUCCUACAGGAGGUGCUCCCAAAAGUCAGCAUCUUAGCAUUCCCUCAUAGAAGGAGAAAGAGAUUCACAGGGCUUAUAAGCCUUCAGGGGAUCCUCGCAAGGCUCCUCCUCCUCCCAAGUUUAUGGAGGACUAAACAACUGACUGGGGUGAUACUUGUUGGUCACGUGGCUGCCUGUACUGCCCAGAAGACUUUUCACCCAUGCUGUUGUGCGUGAGCACAGUACAGGACAUGAGACACUGCAAUGGCCCAUGUUAUUCACUGCAUAUAAGUUGCCUUGGGGAGUUCCUUGUAGCAUAGCUGUCUUUGGGACACUGAUGCUCCUGUGAGUUCAUUGGCUCACCAAGCUAGAGUUACAGUCUUGUGUGAAUGCCAUUUUUUUUAAAUCUGAGAUAAAUAUAUACAUGUUUUCUCACAUCUCCUCAGGAAAAGUCACAUGGCAGAGGUAGUUGAAAUUACACUUAAAUAACCUAUUUAUUUCCCUGUUCUCUGCAGUUUUUCUUUCCAAUCCUAAAGUCUCCUAAUUAACUGUGGUCUGGAAAUAUUAUGUGGUAAAAGUCCAUUUUGCAUAAUACUUAUUACAAUUAUCAUUUUAUUUAUUCCAUUUUUAAGAUUGGCUAUGAUUACUCUUUAUCUCUAAUAUAUAAGUUGAACUUUAUGAUAGGUGUGUAUGUUUAGGCUAAAGAAAAUCUAUAUAAUUCAGUUUUUGUGUGCAGUUUCAAUCUUUGAACAUACCUGCCAUAGACAAGGGAAUACCACUUUAUGAGAGAGGAGACAAAGCCGUUGUUAUAGAAAUGUUAGAAAAGCAGAAGAGAAGUGGGGAAAGGAAGAUGUCCCAAGGAAAGUCCUGAAACUGGCUUGCAUCUGACUCGGUUUGGUACACUAAGAGGCGGACAAGAUACUGAGAAAGUGAUUGCAAGUAUUGCAGUGGGACUGUCUACUUGUAACUGUCUGCCAGUUUUUCCUCCAGAGAGAAGUCUGCUUCUUUUGAAUGUUUUAGUAAGCUGGGGUGGACACUUGUCGGUACCUCUCUUCUAGAGUGGCCUUUCCAGCCCCCUUCAUAUCCUAGGGAUAUCUGAUAAGUACAGCCCUGCCCCCCCAUCCCUGUCCCUUACCAAGCUUCCCACCUACAGCUGGGGAUGACUGAUUGGCCCAAGGAAGGGUACCUGAAGGACAAUAAGUCUUUUGAGAUCAUGAAUGUAGUUCCUUGAGAGCUUUCUUCUGGAGUGAUUUAACUGUAGCACAGGAGCCAGGCCCCUAUAUCUGAUGAUCUAAAUUGUUGGAUGAAAAACAAGAAAUAGGAUCAAGAGCAAACCAUAUGAGCACCUCAUAGUGUGAAAGAACUCUGUCACUGCUCUGAGGUCCACCUCUCCCCACCCCUAGUCUCAUCUGCCUUUUAGGACAUUUGUCCUUGCUUUCUUAAAGGAACCCAUGUGUGCUUCUGUGGUCUGUGGUCCUAAAAGAUGUUGGUACAAACAGGUGCGUUAAUGCAAAGUUUCCUGCAUAUCUCUCAGUGUCUGAAAGACUACUUCAUUCGUACACAGAAAGAAAAAAGUAUAACUACUAGAAAGAUAACCUUCAUUCUUUGCAAUCAAUAUGAGAUUUUUCUCUAGAAAUCUAAGAGUACCCAUUUAUUAAUCUGAUUAUUUGAAGAUCGUCUUCCUAUAAGUUCAUAGAGCUUCAUAUAUCCAUAUAAUUUUGAUCAAAUCUGCCUCCAAUCCCUUCCCUACAAUUCAUCCCUUAUCCCUUUCCACUCUCCCUCCCUACUUCAUGUGCUUUUGUUUUUAAAACCCAUAGUGUUCAUGUCAAGCAGCUACUAUGUACAUGGGUAUACUAGAGCAUUUGGAGCCUUUCAGAGGCCAUGUCCCUGAAGAAAAAUGACUCUCCUACCCCAGCAGCCAUCAGUUGCCAGUAGCUCUCUUAGCUAGGGGUGGACUUCAUGACCUCUUCCCCUACCCAUUUGGGAUUUGGGUUAGCUUGAGCUUUAUAGUCUUGUGACUGUAGUCCCAAGUGCUGUGAGUUCACAUGUGCUCGUAUAUGUAGUAGCUCUGCCACGUAAAGCAAAUACUGUUUCCCUACAGAUGUCCGCAAUCUCCGGCUCUUAUUACAGAGUCUCUUCCCAAUCUAUCAUGAUGAACCUCAAACUUGUAGGGAAGAGAUGUGAUACAAAUGUCCCAAUUAGAGCAGAGCAUUAAAUUCUCUUAUUCUCUGAAUAUUGAUCAGUUAGACAUCUCUAUAUUAAUCAUUAUCUACUGUAAAAAAAUAAAGAAAAAAAAAGAGAAAAGAAAGAAAAAGCUUCUAUAAUGAGGGUUGAGAACCUCACUAAUCUAUGAGUAUAAAGAUAAAAAAUUUAGGCAGAAUAACACUAUUGGUUCUCCGCUAGGGCCCAUAAGCAGCACAGUUAAUUAAUAGUACCAGGAAUGAGGUCCAUCUUGUGAACCAUAAAGUCAUAAAGUCUUUGGUUACUGUAUUGCUUGCUUUUAUGUGCCUGUAAUAAAGCAACAUGGCCAAGAAAACUUAUAGAAGGAUAAGGGUCCAUCACAGAUAGGAGGCCUGGCAGCAGAGGCAUGGUGCUUGUACUGGCUGGUUUCGUGUCAACUUGACACAAGCUGGGGUUAUCACAGAGAAAGGAGCUUCAGGUGUGAAAAUGCCUCCGUGAGAUCCAGCUGGAAGGCAUUUUUUUCAGUUAGUGAGCAAGUGGGGAGGGCCCAUUUUGGGUGGUGCUAUCCCUGGGCUGGUGGUCCUGGGUUCUAUAAGAAAGCAGGCUGGGAAAGCCAGAGGAAGCAAGCCAGUAAGGAACAUCCCUCCAUGGCCUCUGCAUCAGCUCCUGCUUUCUGACCUGCUCGAGUUCCAGUCCUGACUUCCUUUAGUGAUGAACAGCAAUGUGGAAGUGUAAGCUGAAUAAACCCUUUCCUCUCUAACCUUUUUCUUGGUCAUGAUGUUUUGUCCAGGAACAGAAACCCUGACUAAGAGUGUUUAAUCAAAGGAAUACCUCUAUGAGAAAGAUGGAACUUCCCAUUUUACAAAAGGACAUGGGGUCACAUGUAAUUGUAUAAUUUGUCCAAGGCCCCACAGGUAAUCUCUUGCCCAAAUGGUACUAAGGUGCUUAAUCUUAAUGGUUAGUUUUAUUAGAUUAAGCAGUACAUGGGGAUUGAUAAGAUAAUUCUCAGAGGCUGUUGAAGGUAUAUCCAUAGAAUUAUUAGGGGGGGAAGAUGGUCCUGUAUGCUGGGCACCUAGAUGGAAUAAAAGGGGUAAAGGGAGACAGUGAUAGAGUGCAGGCUUCUCUCUUUCUCUGCCGAGCUGAGAGUGUGAGUGGCACUAUUACAUGGACUGGGGUCCCAGACUGAAUAGAAUGGGGGAAGACAGGGCUGUAGCAUCAAUUUUGUUGAUAGAGAACUUGACUAGCAUCCAUGAAACCCUGGGUUUCUCUUGCAUUGAGUUAAACCAGAUGUGCUGGCACAGGCCCACAAUUUUAGGAUUUGAGAGGGAAAAACAAGAAGAUCGAAAGUUCAGAAUUAUCACUGGCUACAUACUGAGUUUGAGGCCAGCCUCCGAUACAUGAGAACCUAUCUCAGAACUGGGGGGGCGGGGGGGGGGGAGGAUGACCUGAACACUAUCAUUUGCCUUUCUCUGACCCUUCACCUGCCCAGAUGUGAGCAAGCUGGCUACCACCAUGCCAUCCCACACAUUAUGGGAUGAUCCCCUUAAACUUUCUCCUAUAGCCAGUUUUCAGUUGGGCAUUUGAUCACAGUAACAACAAAAGAAACCAAAAUGUGGUGCCCACCAUGGCAGGCUGACACCUCUAAAACUGGGAGCCAGAGAUACAUCUUCCCUCCUUUCGAAUUGUUUUUCUCUAGCACUGUCACAUCGACAGUACAACGAAUAGGCAGGUUUGUACUGGCAUUGUCUGUAUGAAACAGGCGUGGCAUAUUCUUGAGUUGAUACUCCAGGCAGGGGCAGAAUCCUGCCAGGUUGUAAGCCGGAGAGCAUCCAGGUUAUCCAGGGUGAUCUCUUGGCCCUUCUACUACAGAAGCAAAAAAGGGGUGGGCAAGACCCAUUAUGUGCUCCAAGAUACAGAUGGAUAAAUGGUACAAACCAUUAUUCUGUACAUCUUAAUUUAAAAAGGAAAGGAAAGAAAGGCUGCUAUAAAUUCAGAGUGAGAGAAGCAGUUUCUAAUCAGAAAACCAAUGGAUGUAUUUCAAGUACAAAUACCCAAAGAUCAAAACUCACAGAAAUAUUUUAACUACACCAGAAGCUCUAUCUGAAUUCUCAAGGGAGCAGUUGAGAAAAGGUAUAAAUGCAUAUUUGGAAGGUUAGCUGCAUCAAAUACAGGAGAUGUCUGUGUCCCUAUAUUCGGCAUGGACACAAGAUCAGGUAUCUGCCUGCUGGGCCGACUGCAGCAUCUGGUGCACAUCCUGCGUUACGUAUCUCUAAUAUUGUCUUAGGAAAACACAGAAAAGUAAUUAGCUAUCUAUACUAAUUGUGCCCAUUUGUUGUCCUCUAUUUUAUAAUUAAUACGUUUUUUUGUUUUGUUUUGUUUUGUUUUGAAGCAAUCAGAAGGCACUGUAAUUGGCCUGUGCCUACAGAGUCUCCUCCUUUCAGAGUGUUGCUGUGGUGUUCUCUGACUCUUAGACAUCCUGCUCUGGCUUGUCCCAGUAGGGAUGAUUGUCCUUAGCUUGGCAACAGCAGGCUUGGCGGCAUUUGUGGCUGGGAGCACAAAGGCCAUCUAUGGGACAUUAGGUAUCAGCAUGGUUCUCUAAACAGUUUAUUGUCAUGGUAGAAAAUGGAUGCAUAAAACCAUACCCCACUUCUCAGGGUGGGCCUGACAUUAAAUACCUUUUGCAGGGAGGAAUAUCUAGGAAGGGAAGCUUAUUGGCUAAGCCCUCUGGACCUCUAGGCACCACGUUAGCAUGGAGAACUCUGUUUUGGUCCUACGUGACUGUAGGACAUGUUUCUUUUAUGUGAGAAGCAAAGCAUGUGUUCCAAGUCGGGAGUCUGGCAGGGAGCUGGGACUCACCUAAGAUUCAGGUGUGCCCAGCGAUUCUCUGGGUUUUGACCUGCUCUACCUUACCAAACUUCCUGGCAUAGUUUUACAUCCUGUGUGUGUGUGUGUGUGUGUGUGUGUGUGUGUGUGGUGUCUGUAUGUCUUUCUCUCUGCUGUUUUCUCCAAGUCUGUCUUUCUAGCUGUAACAUCCUUGGGCUUUCUGGUGCUGAAUCUCUGCACAGGUCUCCUUUAAGCCCCAGCAAACCUGUUCCUCUACAGCAUGGCAGAGAGACUGAAAUCCCUUAGGUGCUACUGUUCUAGACUUGACCAUUAAAACUUCUGUAUCUAGGAACUGCUUAUUCUCUAAAUAGACUCAACUAGGGGGUUCUUCAGCUACACAGCACCCCAGGAACAUGCCUUCCUAGGCAGGACACAAGCCAGAGGCAAGGAAAGAUCUCUCUCUCUCUCUCUCUCUCUCUCUCUCUCUCUCUCUCUCUCUCUCUCUCUCUCUCUGUGUGUGUGUGUGUGUGUGUGUGUGUGUGUGUGUGUGUGUGUGUGUUUGUUUUAACUCCCGCCAUUCCAUCUCUGUGCUUCCUCCCUUCCACUCUGCCUACCACUUCAGGCUGCAGUACUUUCAUACAAGCCAGGAUCCUGUCCUUUGCCUCUCCACAGGUGGUUUAUUGUGUGAGAGAUUCACCCCUAGAUCUCUGCUUGGAACUCUUCAGCAACCCAAAAUGCUAAAUUGAGAAACAGAGGGAAUUCCCCAAAGACUCAGGCUAAUGCCACUCUCCUUCUGUGGGAGGGGGAAUCAUUACACAUUUUGCACAGAAGGAAAAAUCCUAAGAAUGGGUUUCUUCCUAGAUGUCUGGCAGCUGACCACAACCCUUCUUCAAGCUCUAACACAAAUAGAUUUCUCUCUGUAAGGCUCUCAAAUUUCAAAGCUUGCCUCUGUGCAGGCCUCCCCAAUCUCCUGCCUAGCAGCCAGGUCCACUGUUUAUUCACGAAUAUAUGGACGCACUCACACUAUGAUUUGCUGCUUGUGUGCUCUCCUCUACUAUGAGGAAGUCAGCGCACUGGCAUGCAUUGAGCACCUAGCAUGAUGCUCACAGUGUGGUCACUGUGGAGUGACUGAGUGCCUUUUCCUAUUUGGAAUGAUGCUCAUUGGCCUAUAUAACUUUAUAUAUACAUAUCAGUUUUUAAGCAGUUGAGUCUUUGAGAGAAAAUAAAGGCCUUUUGGAAAAAAUAUGGAAAUCAUACAGAGAGAGAGAGAUACAGAGACAGACAGAGACAAAGAGAGAGAGAAAAUUAAAAUAGAGUCACCUUAUAAAAGACAACAAUGUCCCUAUUAGACAUAAGGACUAACAAAUAAAAAUCCCAAUGUCAGAAAUAGGUUAAUUCUUUUGGCAUAUAGUAUUUGUCUGUGAAAAUCCUUUGACCUUCUAACAUUGCAGGCUGUUGCACUGCUCCUGGUAACCCUCCAGAACUUGAUGAAUACCUUCCCUGUUGCUGAAGGCACCAUAUAGUUGAGUCAUAGAGCAUGACAAAAUCAAUCUAGUACUCUCUUGGAAGCUACUUGCUUCCUUAGUGCUGGAAGGUGCUAUGUGCGCUAUUGGAGGAGAAAAGGAAUCAUUCCAAGAUGUGAAACUGGAAAGCAACAGUAAUGACUGGCUUGAUAAGACAUGCUCAUUAGUGUGAUAGUGACAUGAACAUCAUAGGAGUCACCAACCUCCUUCUGACUGAAUUUAAGUCCACUUCACAAAAUGAAAUACCUGGCACCAUAUUGGACCAAGAACCUAUAGCUAGAAAGUUCAUAGCCCCUAGGGAGGCACCUAUUGCUGUUAUGAUAUUACAUGGACAUGGUAUUAAACCAACUCCUAAUAACAUGUCAUUGUACUCAUAGAUGACAUCAUUGCAUCUCCCAGCUCUCAUUUGAGAAGCUUCUGUCCUUAAUAGAUGGUGAUUUAACACAGUGACCUCCAAUUGGCCAAGGUGCAGAGAACAUGAGACUGCAGAAUGGUCAGCCAUUAAAAAAAAAAAAAAGUCUCUACAUGCUCCUCCUGUCGUCUCCAUGAUUCAGGGCUCAUUGCAGGAAAGCGAGUGAGCAGAGGUGUAAGAGCCAAAGGUGGUGGAGGACUACCACCAAACGUUAUCUUCUAGACACAGCAGAGCAGCUGCACACAUGGCUCACAGUGGGUGCAAAGCAUGCACCAAACUUGUGUAAGUCGGAUAAAACCUAAUCUUAGCAUGGAGAAAGGAGCUGGCACAUCAUCCACCCUUAACUAUGAAGCUGUUGGCAGUGGUUAGCUGCUGGAGGCGAGAACAUCAGUCUACUUGAAGAGUGAUUAUGCUCCAGUGGAAGACUACACAUCCAAGAAUAUUUUGGCAGCAGAAACUGAUCUUGGUGGGUUUUUUUUAAAAAAAGCAGCAUAAAGAUAAACCCUUAGAUAGACUAACUAGAGGUCACAGGGACAGUAUCCUAAUUAACAAAAUCAGAAAUGAAAAGGGAGACAUAACAACAGAAUCUGAGGAAAUCCAAAAAAAAAAAAAAAAAUCAUCAGAUCCUACUUCAAAACCGAUAAUCAACAAAACUGGAAAACCUGGAUGAAAUGGACAAUUUUCUAGACAGAUACCAGGUACCAAAGUGAGGCUAAGAAACCAUGGUUAGUGUACAUUAUAUACAUUUGGUGAAAUCAACUGAGCAUGAUUGAAAUCCACACUUAAUAAAUAUUAAGCAAAAUGAAAUAGUCAAAUUGGAAAAGAAAAAAAAAAAGCCGGCAGAAGCUCCUAGGUACAGAUACAGGUCAUGGUAUAGCAUGACCACAGGGCUGUUCACAGUGCCGGGCCCUGCUGUGACCCAGGAGCAGCUGGCCAUUUUCAGGUUCCUGUGAUCUUGCUACUGUGGUGUGUGUCAGCAGGAUCUAGGAAGCCACCCAACUUCCGUAGAUUCAGCUAUGUGUGUUCAGCUGCUAAUUCCAAAAUUUAUUUCUGGGGAGCACCUUUCAGAGGUUUUAUUUCAGGAAGGAAGGAAGCCAUUCACAGCUGUCCUCCAUUGCAUAUGGCUGAUGGCUGUUUUGGGCCCAUCUCCAUAUGCUCAUUUUUGGGUUGUUUGUUUGUUUCACUCUUACCUUGUGCUGUUACUUUUUUUUCCCCAGUUUUUAUUGGUUAUUUUAUUUAUGCACAUUUCAAAUGUUAGGCCCCUUCCCAGUUUCCCCUCCACAACCCCCCUGUCCCAUCCAUCCCCCUUCCCUCUGUUUCUAUGAGGGUGUUCCCCUACCUGCCCCCUCACUCCUGCCUCAGUACCUGGCAUUUUCCUACCCUGGGUCAUCGAGCCUCCACAGGACCAAAGCGCUUCCCUCCCAGUGAUGCUUGAUAAUGCAGUCCUCUGCUAUGUAUCCAGCUGGAGUCAUGUUCCCCUCCAUGUGUACUCUUUGGUUGGUGCUUUAGUUCCUGGGAGCUCUGGAGGUUCUGGUUGGUUGAUACUCUUCCUAUGGGGUUGUAAAACCCCUUCAGCUCCUUCGGUCCUUGCCCUAACUUUUCCACUGAGUUAUGACGGUUAUGCAGCGCAGGUACUGGUAAUCGCAAGCCUAAGCUACCUCACCUGACUUCCCACCAACUCAUUUGUUAUCUGUGAGGAAUAGGAGUACGUUGUGGAUGCUGGGAGACUUUGUUUAUAUGAACGGAACAAAGCGCAUGCAGCAGUCCACAUAACUUUGUAUAUUUCAAAUAAUUUUAAUAUAUCCAGAAACCCCAGCACCUAGCUUGCUCUUGUCAAGUUACAGAGGAAAAACAAACAAAACAAAACAAAACAAACAAACAAAAAGAACCCUGAAACACUAGGAUUAAUGAAGUCACCUAAAUCUAUAUGUUGAUAGAUAAUGGAAGCUGGGCUUGCAAUUUAUAAUGGAGUCAGUGUCUUUGCUUCCUGUAACAAUUUUAUGUCGAAGUCUUCACCUUAAUAUUAGGAGGUGAGGGCUGUGAAGGUCAUGGAGGCAGAGCCCCAGUGAAUGGAGUUAGUACUGUUAUAACGUGCACCCUAAGCAUUCCCCUGCCCCAUUUAUGCUGCAAAGGCUCAAGGAGUAGGCAGCAUCUGUGAGCUAGAACGCAGGUGCUCACUACGUAUGUACGCUGCUAGUGUCCUGGUCUAAGGCUUCUCCAUGACUGUGAAAAAUGAAUGUCUGCUAUUUCAGUGACACAUCCAGUGGUAUGUUUGUUAUAGUACUCGGGUGAGACAACCCAUGGAGAGGAAUGGGUGUGGAAUAUGUUGUCUCCACAGAUGAUUCUGUCAAAGAACCCAAUGCUCUGUCUGGCAGACUGCCAGCACGCAUUCUCUAUGAAUACAGCUCACUUUCAAUUUCUUUUAGGCUGUGUUGAGCAGAGCUCCUACCUACAAUAUAGUAGCUGUCUAUCAAAUGUUUGUGGGAUUCACCUAUAUGUGUUUACACAUGUAGAUAUAGCAAUAGCAAUUCAUGUGUGUGUGUGUGUGUGUGUGUGUGAGAGAGAGAGAGAGAGAGAGAGAGAGAGAAACACCUAAGUUGUGUUAGCACAGAGAAACCACCUGCCAUCGUUGGAACAGUAUGUAUAUGAUACCACUGUCUUUAUAUUCCAGAGUUCCUCCUUUAUCACAUUGCAUAUUAACAGUGUGGCUGCCCACCUCAUCCAUCAUUAGAACUUAGCAGGUCUGAAUAUUUGGGGCUUGUCAUGGAUAUUACAGUAGCCAUUGGAACUUCAUACAUGUGUUCUUCAAAUAUAAGGAAUAUAUUUUCCUCUUUACAAGUUCAUAGUUGCAUGUUUUUAUUUUAAAAGCUUUGUAUUGAUAGUUUCUCUAUUUUUCUAAAUGUUAGUAUUACCUAGGUGGUUGUGGCUUUAGAAAUUACAAAUUGCUGGGCAUGGUGGUGCACGCCUUUAAUCCCAGCACUUGGGAGGCAGAGGCAGGCGGAUUUCGGAGUUCGAGGCCAGCCUGGUCUACAAAGUGAGUUCCAGGACAGCCAGGGCUAUACAGAGAAACCCUGUCUUGAAAAAAAAAAUUUACAAAUGUAUGUCUCUUCCCUCCAACUUUUUGGAAUGAAAUUCCUCCAACAGGAAUGAAAUUUUAAAAAGAAAGCUGGGGCUUUAAAGCUGCCUAGUUUUUUUUUUUUUUCAGCUCAACAUAAAAACUAGCCAGCAUAUUUUUUUAUACUUUUUAAUGAAAUUUUUUCCAUGCUGUGUAUUUUAAUCGUGUUCUUCCCCUCUCCCACAACUCCUCCCAGGUUUCCCCAACCUGCCACGUUGUCACAGUCCUUUUCAUCCUUUUUUUCUUCUUUUUAUUUUCUAUAAUUAAUUAUUUUGGCUCCUCAAUCCUUCCUCUACCUCUUUCAUAAGAUUCCCCGGGUUCCCCUAAUGUUUGGCUAUCGGUCUUUGCAUCUGUUUCCAUCAGCUGCUGGGUAAAGUCUCCCAGAGGACAGCCAUAUUAGGUUCCUGACUGCACAUACAGGAGAGUAUCAUAAAUAGUGACAGGGAUGGACUCUCUCUCAUGCCAUGGGUCCCAAGCUGGGCCUAUCAUUAGCUUGCCACUCCCUAAAACUUGGCUAUAUCUUCAUCCCUGUAAAUCUUGUAGGCAGGACAAAUUGUGGGUUGAAGAUCUUGUGCAUCAUUUUGUAUUCCCAUCCCUCCACGGGAAGAUGUGUUGGAAGCCGUGGUAUAAGCAAUGUACUAGGGAGCCAUCAGAUUAAAUCUGAGUGUGCCUCAGACAUGUCUGUUUAUUAAUGUUUCCUGUAUUCACUGUAUCCUGGAAUAAAUACAUACCACCAUUCUGCAGGCAUUGUGAAGAUGUAGAGUCCAUAGAGUGAAUGAAAGGUACACCAGUGCCAGCCAGCAAUGCUAGGAUGGAGGCAGAAGGUAGCAUGCAGGUGAAUUAAUCAACACUCUAAGUAUGAUUUCAUUAAAAGUUAUGGAAGGUGAGAAGUUCACAGCUGAGAUGUUGUUGCUGAGCCUGGUGGGGUUCUAGGCCGUAAGACAGCAAAGAGAAUCACUACAAAGCAGGAGGGAGUCUGUCAGAUUCUGAGUCUCAUCAGAGGCUGACUUGUCCUGUUGGACAGACUUAAGGAGGUUACCAAGGGAUAUCUGGUGCAGGGGCUUCUAAACCGUGCCAGAGAUUUGAGAUUCUGUAAGUUGGACUUACAGGUGGACUUGACCAGGCUGAACUGGGGCUGGGGAUAAUGCUGUCUCUACUUGGCCAUUUUAAGAGUUCCCUGUGGUGCUGUUUCACUAUCUGAAGUGAGCAGUGACAGAAUAUUGGAGAUGAGCAGUGGAGCUGAGUUCACAGUUGGCUUGAAAGUAGAAUCCACGGACAUCUUUGGUGAUCUGUGUAUAGGGUAAAAAGAAAGAAGGAGUCAUGCAUGUGCCCACGUGCUAGAGCAGUGACCUGAGCAAUUAGGUAGGUAUCCUCAUGGUAUUUGGUGGGAAGAGAGUGCUUGGCAGGUAGUUGUGAAUAGAUGUGGAUUUGAGAUUCAACUUAGUACUUCCAUUUGGUAUAUUAACAUUGACAUAAGAAAUGUAUGUUUGAACAAUGCUGUCCCCAAAGCAUAAGACAAACUCCUCAGCUCUCCAGGAAUGCCCCUUUGAUCCUUCAGUAACUAUAUACCCCUGCCACCUCUUCACCUCAAACAAGAGUGUUUCUGUCAAUUCCUUAAUGUUUGCAUUUAAUCUGGUCAGGUUUCUUCUUUCAUAUAGAAUCCCUCAGUUUAUUACUGUUGUUAUUUUGUAUGGUGGAGCUGCUAACAUGGUGCUUCAAAGGUCACGAGCAGGAGGUCUUUGCUUCACUCUUGCCCAAAGGUUCCGAGUUCACUCUUUCAUCUUUCAACAUGAUGUUAGAUGUGGGGCUUACAAGGACGCCUUUGGUUGGGGGAGGGCCUUGUACUCUUAGUUUUUUGGCUGUUUUUAACAAAAUAGAAUAAUGGGCUUCAUCAGAGGUUUCCUUUGCGUUUUCUUGAUCUUUUUGAGGUUGUUGUGCAAAGCUCUUUCCCUUGCUUGCAUUCUCUUACCUUCCACUAAUGCCAUGUUAGACUUUCCAAUGUUAAACCAAGUUGAUAUUGCUGCAGUAAGUCCAGGUUAGUCAUGGCAUGAUCUGUUGCUGCUUUGGUUCUCUCAUGUCUGUGCUCCUGUAGGAUAUUGUUCUGGGUCUGUUUUCAUGUGAGGACUUUGAUGAAGAUAAGAAGGAACUACUGCCUUCCUAGAAUGUCUUGAAUUAUGUUCUUACUGUUAUACUGUGUGACAGUGUUUGUGGAGAUUAAUGCCAUGUUUUCCUGCACCACUGGGAGACUGUGUCAAUGAUUGCAUCUUUUCCUAUAUCAUGUUUUACUGUGUGGGAAGGAGUUUUAUUUCUCAACCAAUUUAUUUACUGGUUGGGGUCUAUUGAGAUUUUCCAUUUCCUUCUUGUUUGAGCUUUAGUAAUUUGUUAUUGUUUUUUGAACAUGUGUUUGUUUGUGGAUUUGUUCUUGUAUGUGCAUGUGCUUAUAUGUACACAUGAGUGUGUGGAGAACAGAGGGCAACCUCUGAAAUUUCUCAGGCACUAUCUACUUUUUUUGAUUAAGUCAUUGAACUGAAGCUCUCCAAGAAUGCUAGUAUGACUGGCCAGUGAUCUCCAGAGUCUUACCUUUCUCUGUCUGUCCACUGCUGAGAUCUCUAGCACAGAGCACCAUGCCUGACCUUUUAUUUUUAAUGGGUAAUGAGAUCCUCAUCCUUGGAAGACAAGGACUUUAUCCCAUGUGCCAUCUCCUCAACUCAAUGUGUGUAUUCUUCAGCAAUGUGUCAUAUGACUUUUAUUUGAGACAGGGUUUCACUAUGUAGAGAUAGCUGGUCUAGAGCUCAGCAUGUAGACCAGGAUGGCCUUAGAUUUACAGAGAUCUGCCUGAUUCUGCCUUCCCAGUGCUGGCAUUAAAGGUAUAAGUAACCACACCUGGUCAGAUGUUCUUUGACUUUGCACAAAAUUGUUCAUAAUACCAAACAAAAUACUUUCCACAUCUAUGGGUUUUGGAAUGGUGACUCACAUUCCAUUCAUCCUCUUUGUAAUUUCUCUCUUCUUUUCAGUAUCUGAUAUUUUGUGGUAAUUCUUUUUGUUUUCCAUGUCAUCCGUUACUAUUCUAAGCAUUGUUUCUUUUUAUCUACUUGUGUUGUAUUUAGUUUUUUCAUUUUCUAAUUUCUCAAGUGGGAUCGUAACUUAUGUAUUUCAUUCCUUGCUUACUUGAUAGUCGUCAUAUUUAUUGCUUUCAGUUUUAAACUCAGCACAAUGUACAGUUAACGUUUUGGUAUGCAGUUCUGAGCUUGAUACAUGUCUGAGUUCAUUCACUCAUGACCACAGUUAGCAUAUAGACUAGUUUCAUCACUCCACAAAUGUCUGUCAACCAGGCACUUCGUAAGCAAUUCAUUUUUUACUGGUAAACCUGAUCUGUUCGGUAUAUGUGCAUAGUUUUGUUGUGAAUGGAAUCAUAAUAUUCAGUGCUAUUCAGCCUUCCUCUCUGUUGCUAAGGUAAAUAUCAUGACCAAAAGCAACUUGGGGAAGAAAAAGGUUCAUUUUCUUGUAUAACACCCAGGCUAGAAUUCAUCACUGAGAGGAAUCAGGGCAGGCACACAGACUGAAAUCUGAAGUUAGAAACUAAAUCAGAAAUUGUGGAUGGCUGUGUUUUGCCUUGCUUCUCUGGUUUGUUCAGCUGCCUUUGUUGUAUAGCCUAGACCCACCCUCCCAGGUAUGGCUCUGUCCUUAGUGGGCAGGGUCCUCCCACAUCAGUCAUCAGUGAAAAAAAAUGUGCAGUCAUGCCCCACAGACCAAUGUGAUGAAGGCACUCUCUCAAUUAAGAUUCCCCUUUCCUUAGUAUGUCUAAGUUAAUAUCGAGUUUACAAAAAGUAAAUAUGACAAGUGCAUUGGCUGUAGCUUCUUUAAUUCAGCACAGGAUGUUUGGGCAAUAUCUUUCUGAGAAACAAUAACUCAUAUCUUCUGUAAGAACCAAAAUCUCAUAUCUUUGUGAGAAUCAAUAACUCAUUUCUGCUGUAGUUUGGAUGUCAAUGUUCUCUAAAGGCCUGUAUAAAGGCCUGUAGAGGUCUGGUUCUCACCAUCACAUUACUAAGAGGAAGUGGGACUUUAAGAGCUGAGACCUUGUGUGAGAUCUGUUAGUCACAUGAGACAUGAUUUUGAAGAGGAUAUUGGGACUUUAGCCCGUUUGCUCCCUUUUUUUCAAGGUCCUGAUUAGAAAGUGAUUUAUUUUGAAUCUCCACAUGCUUCCAUCAUAAUAGGCUGCCUUAACACAAGAUCAAAGCAAUUCAAGCAAUCAAUCAUGAAUGAAAUCUUCAAACCCUUUGACAGAAUGUCCCUUUUCUCUUUAUAAAUAUGUCAUAUCCAGGGUGUUUUUAAUUUAGAACAUAUUAGCAUAAUUUAUUGUUGUUGCUCAAUAGUAAGCCACUAUAUGCACAUAUCACAGUUUAUGCAUUCGUUUUUUCUUUUGAAAGGUAUUUAAGAGGCACCACUUGGGGAUAUGAAUGCUCCUGUAUAGAUUUUCUCAAAAACUAACAUUUCAUUUCUCUCAAAUCAAUGAGACCACAGGAUCCCUGUGUAACUGUAUGUUUAAUGGUAUAAAAAGCUGUUAUGCUAUUUCCCAAGUAGAUUUUGCAGCUCUGUUGUUGUGCACAUGCACAUUUUUGGUUGUUUAACACUUCUUGAUUAAUUGACUCUUUCAUUGUUACAUAUGACCUCUCUAAUUCCUGGGACUCUAGCAAUUGUUCUAAAACCUAAUAUGUUUGAUGUCCAUGGUGUAUAUUAAUACAGCUGGUCCAGCCCUGGUUUUAUUGUUACUUCAUGGCUCAUCUUUACCAUCAUUUCCUUUUGACCUACCUGUUUCAUUAUACAUAAAAAUUAUGCCAUUGAUUCUUUGUCUUUUGUACAUACGAUUCAAGAAUCUAUGCCUUUUAAUCAGUUUGAUUCAAUUAUUUAUACUUUAAUAUAAUAUUUUAUGGACAGAGAGAAAUUAGUACAAAUAUUACAUGGACAUUUAUGUCUAAAUGAUACACAAAUCUUUUCUGAUUUUCCAAUCUAACUUUUCUAAAUUGUUUUGUUGUUUGUUUUUUUUAAACACAGGCUCUCUCUAUGUGGUCCCAGCUGUCUUGGAGCUUAUUAUGUAGACCAGGCUGGCCUCAAACUCAGGGAGAUUCGCCUGCCUCUGCUCUCAAGUGCUCUGAAUACAAGCAGGCACUUCCUGGCUCUACGUUUUCUAUUUUUGAUUCUACCAUCUUGUAUUAACUUCAGUUAUUUCACAAGAUAUAGUAUUUGUACUAAUUUCUCACUGUCCAUGUAGGAUUGAUAUUUUACUACAUAAUAUAGAAUUUAGAAAACUUCAUGUUGUCUGGAACCCUUCACUUUAUCUUCUCUCUGGGGUAGAUUUCUGCAGUAGUCUCUCCUGAACCCAUGGAGGCUAGACUCUGAACAUGGCACUGUGGAUAGUACUGCUUCCUAAAUAUACUGUUUAUCUCCGAAUGUACAUGAUAAACUUUAAUGUCUACAUUAGACACAGUAAGGGAUAAACGUGGGUAACCAUAAAUAGAAGUUAUAGCAAGACGCUGUAGUAACUCUUAUAUGAAUAUGUGCUUUCUCUUUGUCUUUCUAAAUGUUUCAUUGUACUUUUUCUCACCCUUCUUCAUGUGAUAAUACAAGGUCAUAAAAUGUCUACAUCAUUAGAUGAAGCCCAGAGCAGUGUGGCAUAGUGUCAGGCUGAUAUGGGUUAUUGAACACCAACACUGCUAUAAUCUAACCAGUAGAUCCAAUGUGACUACUAGGUAACUAAAGGGAAGGUAGUGUAUACUUAGUGGAUAUUUCUGAAUGAAGGAAUGACUAAUAUCCUAGGAUGAUGGUGCUAGUAAGAGUGGAUAUAGUUUUUGUUUUGUUUGUUUUAAAAAUUUUUUGUUUUUCAGUUUUAUUAAUAUUUAAUGUGAUUUAUUCAAUAAGGCAGUUAAAAUGUACCUGUGAAAAUAUAUCAUAAUCAUCUAGUUACAGUUAUAAUGACAUCAUCAUAAAAGACAUGGAAGUUGGAAUUUUCUCAUUUUCUGAGGAUUUAAUUAUUUAAUAGCCAUCCCUCUUCCUUCCUUGAGGCCCAGUGACAAAAUUGGGAUGCAGUUUUAAAUGUAUGAAUUGUUACUUAGAAAUCUGCAUUUAGUGGUUUUAGACCAUAGUUGAUUGUGGGUAACAGAAAGUAAGCCUCUACUAAAAAUACCAUCACAUUACUAUUACCGAUAAAUAUACCGAUAAAGAUAUUGAUACAUAUUAUCAGAUACUUACAACCACAUCUAUUUAAUGGGAAUGAUAAGGACAACCUGUUAUUACCCACAGUAUACCAUUUAUGUCACUGCCUAAAACUACAGGCUUCCCUUUUCAAUGAGUUCCUGCCUGCCUAAGGAACUUCUGGUAGCGCUGCUCCUAGAGCAGUUCUGGUGAGUCAUCUUCUCAGUUCCUGUGUCCAAGAAGGCUUUAUCUCAUCUCCAUUACUGAAAUUGUUACCCAUGUGCAAAAUUUUACAUUAGAUCUGGUCCUUAUCCUUUUAGACCUGUGGUUGGGUUCAGAUGGUCCCCACUGUGUAUGCACAGCAGUCUUUCCCGGCCACUCUCAUGACUUCUGCCUUGUCUUGGUUUCUCAGCUGAUUGUUGUAGUUUGUCUAAGACUGAGGCUUUUUCUGUCCUGCUGGGGGAUGGUUCUCUGAAGCUCUGGCCUCCGUAAGCUUGUCUCUCACGCAGUUUAUGAAUGCUAUAAUGGCUCCUCACGUAUGUUUGCACCAGAUCCCCACCCCUCUCCUGGGAACUCCAUGCUUCCACUCUUCCAUCCACUGAGGGUUUGGGUCCCUAAUGUUUGUAAUCUCCUUAAAGCUUGGAUGUUGAUGUUUCCUGCUUUCCACUCAUCUUCGUUUGAGUCUCUGCCCUUCCUCCACCAUCUUUGUUGCCAGAGUCCUCAGGAGCUGACUGGGCUCUCGUUCUUCCCCUGUGGCAGCAAUGGGCCAUUUCCAUCAGAGACGGUGCCAUGCUGACCCAAAUGCCUGAGUGCUACUCACCUCCAGAGAGUGAGGAGUCUGAAAAGUGACAGUGACAGAAGAGGAGACCUUUGCGGCUGAAGCUGCACUGCAUGAGGCGAAGGAAGAAGGAGUCUCCUAACUGGUGCCACAUACAUCAGAUGGAUGGUCUCUAGCCUGCUUCCAAACCCGCCCUCGGCUGAGUGCUGGGCAGCACUUCUACAUGAUCCUAUGACGCUUGAUAUGGACGCAGUCCUGUCAGACUUUGUUCGGUCCACGGGGGCAGAACCUGGUCUGGCCAGAGAUCUGCUGGAAGGUAAAAACUGGGACCUGACAGCUGCACUAAGCGACUAUGAGCAACUGCGACAGGUGCACACAGCCAACCUGCCACAUGUGUUCAACGAAGGGAGGUGUGCCAAGCAGGCCGAGCGAGAAUUGCCCCAGCCUGGGCACAAGGUGGAGCGGCCUUGCCUGCAGAGGCAGGACGAUAUUGCCCAAGCAGAGAAGCGCCUGUCCCGGGGGAUCUCCCAUGCCAGCUCAGCCAUCGUCUCCCUGGCCCGAUCCCACGUGGCAAAUGAGUGCAACAAUGAGCAGUUCCCACUGGAGAUGCCCAUCUAUACAUUCCAGCUGCCGGACCUGAGCGUGUACAGUGAGGACUUCAGGAGCUUCAUCGAACGGGACCUGAUCGAGCAGGCCACUAUGGUAGCUCUGGAGCAAGCAGGUCGCCUGAACUGGUGGUCUACCGUGUGCACGAGCUGUAAAAGGCUUCUUCCUUUGGCCACAACAGGAGAUGGGAACUGCCUCUUACAUGCCGCCUCGCUAGGAAUGUGGGGCUUUCAUGACCGGGACCUGGUUUUGCGGAAAGCUCUCUACACCAUGAUGAGGACGGGUGCUGAGCGGGAAGCCCUGAAGCGGAGGUGGAGGUGGCAGCAGACACAGCAGAACAAGGAGUCAGGGCUGGUGUACACUGAGGAGGAAUGGGAGCGAGAGUGGACAGAGCUGCUAAAACUGGCCUCCAGCGAGCCUCGCACACACUUCAGCAAGAAUGGCAGUGGCACAGGUGGUGGUGUGGACAACUCUGAGGACCCUGUAUAUGAAAGCCUGGAAGAGUUCCAUGUCUUUGUCCUCGCCCACAUACUACGGAGACCCAUUGUGGUGGUGGCAGACACCAUGCUAAGAGACUCUGGUGGAGAAGCAUUUGCACCCAUCCCAUUCGGAGGGAUCUACCUGCCCUUGGAGGUGCCUCCCAACAGGUGCCACUGCUCACCCCUGGUUCUGGCCUACGAUCAAGCUCACUUUUCAGCCCUAGUGUCCAUGGAACAGAGAGACCAACAGAGAGAACAAGCUGUGAUCCCUCUGACGGAUUCGGAACACAAGCUGCUGCCCUUGCACUUUGCUGUGGACCCGGGAAAGGACUGGGAAUGGGGGAAAGAUGACAACGACAAUGCCCGGUUAGCCAACCUCAUCCUGUCCCUAGAAGCCAAGCUGAACCUUCUACACAGCUACAUGAAUGUGACGUGGAUCCGCAUCCCCUCCGAGACCCGGGCUCCCCUUGCACAGCCAGAGUCUCCAACGGCCUCAGCAGGGGAGGAUGUACAGUCCCUGGCGGAAUCGCUGGACUCGGACCGCGAUUCUGUGUGCAGCAAUUCCAACAGCAAUAAUGGCAAGAAUGGUAAGGACAAAGAGAAGGAGAAACAGCGCAAGGACAAGGACAAGACGCGCGCGGACUCCGUGGCCAACAAGCUGGGCAGCUUCAGCAAGACGCUGGGCAUCAAGCUAAAGAAAAACAUGGGCGGGCUAGGCGGCCUGGUGCACGGUAAGAUGGGUCGUGCCAACUCUGCCAACGGCAAAAACGGCGACAGCGCUGAGCGCAACAAGGAGAAAAAGUCCAAGUCGCGCAAGGGCAGCAAGGAGGAAUCGGGAGCGUCAGCGAGCACCUCGCCGUCGGAGAAGACCACGCCGUCGCCCACGGACAAAGCGUCGGGAGCGUCGCCGGCCGACAAGGGGAGCGGGUCAAGAGGCGAUGCCUGGAAGUACAGCACGGACGUAAAGCUGAGCCUCAACAUCCUGCGCGCCGCCAUGCAAGGCGAGCGCAAAUUCAUCUUCGCCGGCCUGCUGCUCACCAGCCACCGGCACCAGUUUCACGAGGAGAUGAUCGGCUACUACCUGACCAGCGCGCAGGAGCGCUUUAGCGCGGAGCAAGAACAGCGGCGGCGGGACGCCGCGGCGGCUGCCGCAGCAGCCACGGCCACCGCCACGGUCAAGCGGCCAGCGCGCAGGCCAGAGGCCGAAGGUGCGCCGGGCCCGGAGCGCGCCUCGCCGGGCCCGACAGCCGCGCAGCCCACGCAGCUGGUGCUCAAGCUCAAGGAGCGGCCGAGCCCCGGGACUGGAGCGAGCGCACGGGCGGCUCGGGCGGCGGGCGGCGCAGCAUCCCCGGGUCCGGGCGGCGGCGCGCGACGCGCGGCUCCCGGUACGGGCGGACCGACUCCCGGCCGCAGCCCGCCCGCGCCCGCGCGCCAGAGCGUCAUCCACGUGCAGGCGGCGGCCCGGGACGAGGCGUGCGCGCCGACAGUGGGCGCGCUACGGCCGUGCGCGACGUACCCGCAGCAGAACCGCUCGCUGUGGUCGCAGAGCUACAGCCCAGCGCGCAGCGCGCUGCGCACCGUCAAUACAGUGGAGUCCCUGGCGCCCGGAGGAGCGGACGCCCCGGGACCCGCGGAGCACAAGUCGCAGACCUACAGCAACGGCUUCGGCGCAGCCCGCGACGGGCUGGAGUUCGCCGACGCCGACGCGCCGGCCGCGCGCUCGAACGCUGAGUGCGGCCGCGGAGGCCCGGGGCCCGCUCAGCGGCGCUGCCAGCGGGAGAACUGCGCGUUCUACGGGCGCGCGGAGACCGAGCACUUCUGCUCCUAUUGCUACCGAGAGGAGCUGCGGCGGCGGCGCGAGGCGCGCGCGGCGCGACCCUGAGCCGUCCAGGACUGCUUUUUCCAUCCUGUGGGUCUUUUUUUACUUGCUCUGGUCAGCCGAAGGGCCGGCGCCUCCUCGGUCAGUGCCGUGUACGUGUUUGGUCAAACGUUCCUAAUGGUGCCUGAACCUACACUGAUGCCACUCAGGUAGUAGACGGAUAGGAAACAAGUCAUACUGUUGGAAGUGGGUGUGCUAGCCUAGCAUCUGCCUCGUACCUGUGGAAACUCAAUAGCCAUUGCAAGAGUAUUUUUGUUCCUCUAUACGAGAAAUAAAGAAAAUCGCAGCCCUUUGUUUUUAGAAGGGAGUGUUUUACAUGCUUUUUUUUUCCUAACCUAGGGACUGACCUCUUCCAAGUAGCGGUCACUUGCGUGCAGUUGGUAGCACGCAGGGUGUAGAAGCAAACGCGCAGCCUGGCCUGAGGUGGAGCUUCCUCUGCAGCUCCCACCUGCUUCCCACCUGGGUCCCUGGAGACCUCCAGCAGUCACCUUGCUACCUGCUGACGCUGGCCCCCUUAGGACUCCCCACCGCCAUUUCAUAAGCAAACCCUCCUCCCACAGCACCCCCUAUCUCUGAUCCCCCACCCCUCCCGCUCGAGCAACAUUCACACUGCCGUCCAAGCUGCGGGCGACCACAGAAUGGGCACCGGACAACCUACCUCUCAGGGCACGGUGAGGUGUAGCGAUCGCUCCCAGUGCCGGGCAGCUCAGGUGACAGGGGCUUCCCAGAGACACAUGGGGUGCAAAAAAAAGCGGGGUCCUGAACUCACAAUCGGACCGGCCCACCUAUGAGCCAGCAUGAUAGACUGGUCAUAUCUCCUUUGAAGAUAUGGAGUGAACUGUCGCUGGAGGGCCCCUUAGGAGGUGUGAUCACAUCCGUGCCGCAGAGGAGGGGACAGAAUUGACCCCUUGGUCACUGUGUCAGCCCAUUGGGCUGCUUUGAACCCAGCCUAGCCUUCUUCCCUAGGGCAGGGGCUGAGAGAGUCCAGGAGGGAAGGGAACCACCCCUACCCCACCUGCCUCUGUCAGGGUUCAGCCGGGUUAAAGGGCUCUCUGCUGGUGGAGACCCUUCCCAGAGCGGCCCUGCUCCUGGCUCCAUGCCACACUGAGGGAGCAGCCAAGUCUCCGAGCAGUCUCCUUUUUGGUGCCUCCUACCUUUCUUGAGGAAAAUUUAAAAAUAAUAAUAAUAAUGUGUCCUUAGCUACCCUGUUUUGAGCAGCAAUAUGCAGCCUCUUCCUUCCACGAUUACCUCUGCAGACCACUGUUCUUGGCCAAGGACACUGAGGAGCCAGUCCUCACUAAAGAGCUAGCGAGCUUGCUUCCAGGACAUAUGGAGGAGAUGGGUAACCUUCUCACUAACGAGACAAUACUUUCAUACCUGUGAGAGCUUUAGACUAGCCCGUGAUAGCCCUAAAAUGAGAAAGCACCUGCUUAUCCUCAGAAAGCACGGGAGCUGGGCUUAUACCUUCAUUGGAGCCAACUCCUGAAAGGAUGCUUCAUCCACUGACAUCCAGAGCAGCAAAAGCAAAAAAAAAUAAAUAAAAUAAAAUUUUUCAAAAGAUGGGGAGGGAUUUUUUUUUACUUGUUUGGAAAAUUAUAAUAAAACAACUGAGUAUCUCCUGUGAGUAAUUUCUUUUUUUGUUUUUAAUUAUUCCACAGGCUGAGGAGUCUUCAGUAAUGUAUUCAAGUUUUGCAUAAAGUGGUUCCUUAAAUCAAAGUUAUUUAUUAAAUAGAAUCUUUAAGAAGUCCUUUUCAAAGUCUUACUUUUCGUGCUGAACACGAUACUUUAAAUGUGUGGUGAUAACUAAUAUUCAUGUUCCUGAUAGUACUGGGGUCUCUCCUUUUACUUAGAAAAGAAAAAGUGAUUCUCAAAAAAAAUCUCUUGCUGAGAGGGUUGGUGGCAGCUUUGAGGAGUGGGGGACAGUUUCUUUAGAACAUGACACCUGAGCAGCUGCUUCACCCACCAAAGCUCUAGGUCACAGAAGCCUCUGGCCAGCACAGCACUCUAGCUCAACUCUCGAAGCAACCUGACGAAUAUUCUCGCGUCCAUUCAGAAACCCAGUCCUUAUCCACUGGAAGUAGACAUUCAUGUUUGUCUUUCUCAUACUGUGAUAUUAAAAUGGCUGGCUAUACAAACCCUUUAUCUUUCUCAUGCACUCUGCCAGAGAAGAUAGAUAAAUAAAUAAACAGGGUAAACUGAGAAUUAACGUAGAUUGUUGUCAUAGAGGAAACCCUCCCAAACAGGACAGUGGCUGUGUACUCUUGACGCAUGAUGGCUCUUAUCUCCUUCGUGGCCAGAUUACUUCUCCCUCUUCCAUCUUAUGAUGAAUGUGCCGUGCAGAAGAACCAAAGGCAUAGACCCAGAAUGUAGCCCUACUAUUCUGGCCAAAUAAAGGACCCCAGGCCCCUCCGUUUGGUCUCAUUGGACUAAAUAAGGUGGGGUACCAGCUGGGACCCUAAUCCAAACACUCCCAGUGUUUAAGAAUAGCCAUUGCCUUCUGUGCAGUAUUAAAACAGGGUAAGUGAGAAGGGUCGUGCAAUGUGGACAAGUGGCUUCUGUGCUUCGUGAUCCUCAAAAGAGCUGGCUCUCGUGCUCCCUGGCCAGGCUUAGUGACUAGAGACAGGAGCGGGUGGGCUGAGUUCCUUUACAGCCCUCUUUGACUUGGCAGCUCUCUGUGGAUCAAGGAAGAAGAGGGUGGCAAGCCCAGCUUGAGAGACACUGCCCGUGCCAGUAGUGAGUAGGGCUCCCCAUCAGCUCUGCCCGGACUUUCUGAGAGUUUUGGGUAUUUCUAAGCAACAUCUAAUGUCCGAAAGAAUCCCCUAUAUUUCUAAACCCCUGUGGAGAUCACAUCAGACGUUAACUUCGCAUUUCCUUCACAUGCCUUGCCGGAGAAUGGGCAAGGGACUAGUUUUCCAGCCCGAUCUCUUUAUAGACUUUAUGUGCUGUUAUGUUCAAGUUUGACAGGCCAACUUUAAAUGCUACUAUAGAAGUUAUUUUCAUAUGAUUCUCAGAAUGCACCACAGAGCAAUAUCUUGCGCCCUUGUUUUCACAGAAAGACUUGCGCCCUUGUUUUCUUUCCCUUAGAAGAGGAACUGGAGGUGAGCAGGGCUACACAGUGAUUGUGGAGUCUGAGAUUUUAUGUGGGCCCUCUGAAACCAGGACUGUGUAAAGAACUUCUUUUUAACUGAGGUUUUGGUUGGUUGGUUGGUUGGUUGGUUGGUUGGUUGGUUGGUUUGGUUUUGUUUUUUAAAUUUUUUGGUUUUGUUUUUUGGUUUUGUUUUUUGGUUUUUUUUUUUCUGUGUAUGGGUUUGUGGUGCUGCAGUCAUUCCUAUUAAUGAAAACUUUGUCCCUAAGUAACUGUUCCUGCUUCCUUACCUGUGAGUAUCCAGUGCUACUUGAACCUAUUGUUUUAUGAAGAUGAAGUUUUCCAAAAAUCUCUUAGCUUAGGAAUUCUGGUAGCUUAUUGUCAUAAGUAGCUCACCUCUGACAGAAGAUAAAAGAAUCCAUCUGAGUACAGGCCUCAGGGUGUGGGGUUCCCCCAUGCAGUCCCCACACGCAUGUCUCUGGAACAGGGCCAGCUUUUAAGACACCUCCCUCCCUUGGCAUAUGUUAAAAACAAAACGAGACAAACAAAUCCAAUAAAACAAGGAGAGGGUCAGGAUUAUAGAUAUUGGUGUUGGAAAAUUGGUGGAGAAACAAAAAGGAGACUGUUCCAGUCCCAUUGUGUGAGGGUCUUUGUCGUUAGGUAGAGGCAGAAGGCUUACUUCAGGUGUGUUCUUUGCUUCUAGGGCUUCUAGUAAGUGGAAAAGUACUCAGUGUCUGAGUGAGCCAGCUCUGACCUUAACCCCCUUGAUAUAGAGGAGUGUGGCCAGAGCACCAGCUAACAGGCUCUCCCGUUCUUGGCCCUGGAAGAGAAGCACUGUGGGAAACCCAGAUGUGGCCAGUACUCCUGGCACCAGGAAGCAGGCAGGUCCUUCCCAAAAGUUUUAAAGUAGCAGCUCUCAAGACCACUGAGUACCCCGCCCUCUUUGCUAUCAAAGAUGCCACUAGUCCAGCAGAUGCAGGUCUUCAGAGCAGGGACCUCAGCUUCCUCCUUGUUGGCUUCAGAUCCUGCCCAUUGCCCAGGUUUACUGGGCGGCACUAGUUCUGUUGGCCUAAGGCCUGGUUCUGAAGUGUUACCUUGUUCUCACAAGACUAGCUCCAAGGAAAUUCAUCCUAAAGGCCAUAUAUAUACUCCACAAUGAUGUUGGGGGUAUCUCACCCCAAACAGACCGGCACUGUGAGGAAUGCCACUAAGGAAGACCAGGAUACAAGAUUCUCAUGACACCCAAUGAGAGACAAGAUAAUCUGUGAGAGUUCCCAACAUGGGGUGAGAUAUGUCAGCACUACACAGGCUGAUGCUUCCCCUAAAGCCUGACUCCCACUCCACUACCAGCAGAGAAGAAUGAAGGGGUCACCCUACACAGAUGCCUUGGCAUCUGCAAGAAUGCAUGAUCUAUAUGGAUAUGCAAUAUGUAACUUACAGGACAAGCACAGAAGCCAUCAUCUCCAAUCAAUAAUGUGACUAUUUCUAAUAAUUUUGCAAAACUUUAAAAACAAAGAUCACAAAUCCUAAUUUUGUACAUAUGAAGUAAUGCACACCUCUAUACUUUUAUCCUCCAAAGAGUAGUUCAAGGAGAUAUAUAUAUAUAUAUAUAUAUAUAUAUAUAUAUAUAUAUAUAUAUUCCAUCUGACAUAAAUUGAAAAAUAUUAGUUGGUUUUAAGGAUGAAUAUAAGUGGAACCUGCCCAAAACCAAAACCAAAGCAACCUGGUAAUAUGUUAAGAACGAGCAGUGACAUCAGCUCUGUUCAGAAUAUCUUUCCACAUUCUGAAGGAUGGCUUUCCAUGAAAUGCAAUUUCCCGUAGCAUAGUAAAAGCUAAGACCUUACAAAAAUCUGCCCAGCCCAAUUAUGCUCGUAGCCAGAGUCUGGACCAACUACAGUUAUCAGGCACCCUUGGGCCCCAGGGCCUUUGCAUGUUAUUUCUUCUAUUCGUCACUGUCCCCUCAUCUUUGCUUCACUACCACCUCAGCAAGGCCUUCUCCAACUGUGUUAUUGAAGAGGCUAAGGCAUCCCACCCUUCAGACUGUGUUCCGUUCCCUCUCCCAGCCGCUGAUCACUGUGUGAAUUAACCGCUCGUUUACUCAAUACAUCAUAGACCCCAGGCCCCUGUAGAAUGUAAGUUCCAUGUAGGCAGGAUUUUGCGUGUGUCUUGUUCACUGUUCUAGUGCCUACAGCGGUGCCUGGCACACUCCAAGCACUAGAUAAACUAAAUACCAGUUAAAGAAAAGAAAUAAAUCACUAGUUUGAUAUGAUACCACAAAAUGCUGGCCUCAUCCUUCACCGAGUCCUGAUUUUUCUGCUUCCAUUCCAUCUAAAAACUAUAGGCUGGUUAGGUGGCCUGGCUAGUCUAGAUUGGAGAUACCAAGUUACUAGAUAUGAUAGCUUAUCACUGAUGGCAUCCGUGGUCACCAUCAGUCUCUGAGCGGCUCCUGUUGCCAGCCCUUCCUCGUGGUGGGCUCUGCUGUUUGCAAAGGGGCGAGGGGGUGGGGGGCUCUUUGGGUCUAGCAGAAGUGAGAACAGUCCGUAUUGCGCAGCUCAUGGACCGAGAGGCACUGUGGGGAGCCCCAUCAUACCGGCUAUGAUGUCAUUGGAGACCCCGACCAUUCCAAAGAAGUCUUUCUAGUUAGUUCCUAGGUAUCCCUCUGUCCUUCCUGUCCCAGACACAGUGGCACGGAUCUCCUAGCCCAGAUGAAGGAUCCAUUCUCCAGUCACCAAAAUGCAGGUCAGUGGGAGAGAAGGAACUGAUUACUUUGAUGAUCUGGGGCAGAGGUGAGAGACAAGGCCCCCCCGGAACUCCAUGGGUUUGAUCUUGACUGUGCACUGGAAGGACAGAGCCAAGUCACACACCUCAUGGGCCCAGGACUCGAAUGGAGAUGUCCUGCUCUGACAGGCGACCUCACCCACCUAGGAGAGCCAUUCUCCAAGCCUGCUCCCUCUGCCAGGUAUUUUCACAGCUACCUAACCACACUGUUUACUUCCUGGUCCUUUGGCCAAACUCACUUUCCUCUAAGAAUCACUGGCAAAAUACUGUUACAAGCUGCUCAUUGGACCUUCAUCCUCUUGUGACUGUGUCCUCUUUAACCCUCUUCUGUGGUUCUUGCCUUCAUCUCCUGGAUGCUAUACUUCAGGGUUCCUCUUGAGCGUGACAUCCGUCAUAAAUCUCCUCUACGUCUGUCUAGCUGCGCAAAUGGCACAUACACGUGGGUCCCCAUACUUGAAUUGACAAAUAUAUAUUUCUUUCACUGCUGCCCAAACAGCUUGGGACCCUGCUCCUGCCAAGACAACAAAGAGAAAGUGGCUUCCCAGGGGAUACUGGGCUCCCUGACAAGUACCUAGGAGCUGCCCAGCUCUUGGCCUCUGUGUGACAUCAGAGUUCAAAGUAAGACUUGGCAGGAAGAGUGGAGCAGUUUGUCAGCACUCACUCACGACCCAAACUAUUGUGUAGGCGUGAGCAUACAAAACAGACCAGCCAUGUCUAAGACCCCAGUGCACAGAGGCCAACCUGUCUCCAACAGAGCCACUAUACAGUCCCCGGAGCUCAGCUCUGCUACCAACCCCAGGUGGCACACACUGGACCCUCAGUGACAUAAAUAAAGAAACACUUAGGAGCAGAAAGCAGGCUCAACUGAGUCCAAGCAGGGACUAAGCUUGGUAACCCAUCACUGCCUCAUCUACAGAGCCUGCAACCCCACCCACCUCCAUUUUUAACCAGUUAAGCCUCUUUGUAACUGGGGGCAUUGAAGCUGACUAUAACAAAGGACUUCCUCGCCCUGUAUUUGCCUAGUUCCUUUAAAGGAUCAUUUAACCUUGAAAACUCUCUCCUCUCUCUCUCUCUCUCUCCUCUCUCUCUCUCUCUCUCUGUCUCUCUCUCUCUCUCUCUCCCUCCCUCCUUCCCUCCCUCCCUCCCUCCUGUUUGUCUGACCUGGGAAUGAAACAGAUUGCUUUGCUUUCCGUUUAUUUCGUUAUCGUGGGCAAAAGCAAACACUAAGGCAAAACUGGGUCAUAAAUCAUCGUGUUUUGACCACGCUGUUCGAAACCCUUUCUACCCACAUGUGAAUGUUUAUGCUAAGUCCAUAUAAGUCUUCUCUUCCAUCUGGUCCAUUGUUGGUGAAGAAACCCAUUGUAAGAGCUGUCUAAGGUGAUGGGGUCGUUCCUUUGUAAAGUAUUAAAGCACUGAACCAAUUUUUGCAAUAUGUAGUGAAUCUUGCUUUCAUUUUAGAAAACUUCCAGUAAUGACUACUGCACUUUUUUAAAUAGAAGAACAGUAUUUAAUUUCUUUCUUUUAUGAAAGAUUAUUUCAAGUAAAAAAAAAAUAGCUCUGUAACCCAUGUGACAUGGCUUCUCCAUUACUUGAUACAGAGAAGUUUUGAUGCCUAAACAAUAAAAUGAACAUGUUUGUAAA